AUGUGUGUGCUGAAGAAGGGGGUCCUGAGGAUCACCAUGCAGGGCUUCAGGACUCAGCUGUGGCUGGGGGAGGUCUCCGGACACCCCAUGGAGCACAUGCCUCUCCUCAUCUCUGAGGUAAGUGAAAGGGGAGAGGUGUGUUUUUGUGUUUGUUUGGGGUGAGUUGGGGGGAGAGGGUUUGGGGGAGAAGGUAUGUGGGUGUGGAUGUGAAGGUGCUGAUAUCCGUCCUUUGUAUCUAUCUCUGAAUUACCAUGGGGGUUAGGUUCUGGUGUCAGUGUUAUCUAACUCUCUGAACCACGGCGGUUGGCCUCGGGUGGUGUCUGAGGACAUACACAGACACCUAGAGCAGCUGAGGAGUAAAGUGGUCACCCUGAGAGGCAGGGCAGAGGGACGGACCCUGCUGCCCCUACCACUGUGUGUGGAGAGAGCUCAGCCACAGGACAUACUGCUCAGGUCAGUGUGUGUGGGAUUGUGAGGUAGAUCUGUGUGUGUGUGUGCGUUUGCGUGUGCGAGUGUGCGACUGUGUUCUCUCUCCCCCUAGCUCUAACGGCUGGCCGAUAGACCGGGCUCUGCUGUACUCUAUAGAGACCCUUGUGAUUCAGUGGUCUGGUCAGAUCUGGACCGUUCUGAAGAGGGAUUCCAGCAUGGUGCUACAGCAGGGGGACCACCCAGGCCCCAGCGCAGAGCUCCUCUUCUGGGCCUGUCAGAGAGACAACCUGCUAGGCAUCCAUUCACAGGUAGGCUGGAAUAGAGUCAGGUCAGUGUGUAUGCUUAUGUUUGCUCAGAGUUUUUUUUUCAAAGUUUUUGUGUUCUCUCAGAUUGUGAAUCCUAAGGUGGAACAGAUCAUGGAGAUUCUGAGGAGGAUCAAGAGUAGUUACUACGCCUCCUUCAACGACAUCUGCCUCAAAGUCAACCAGGGUAGUGCGAGAGACCUUGUUCCAUCACAAACAUUAUCCUUUACUUAUCUCCUUUCCCGAAUCACCACUGACCCCAAUGUUUCUCUCUCAUAGCGGUUUUGGAGGCUGAGGAUAUAGACCUGUACCUGAGACCAUUGAGGAGGCUGAUCAAUAGUUUUGAGGAGAGUAGUUUCAACCAGAUAGAGAUGCUGUUACCUCCUCUCUUCCACACUCUGUGUCUAAUCUGGAGCCGCUCACAAUACUACUGCUGUCCUCAACGCAUGGUGGUCCUACUGCAGGAGUUCUGCAAUUUACUCAUAGAGAAGGUGUGUGUGGGGUGUGUGUGUGUGUGUGUGUGUGUGUGUGUGUGUGUGCGUGUGAUGUGUGUAUUAUGCAUAAUACCUCUCUGUUUGUGUCUCCAGGCAUUUGGGUAUCUGAUCCCAGAGGAGCUGUUUAAGAUGGAACUGGAAGAAGGAGUGGAGAAGGUUCAGAUGACCAUCAGUGUUCUGCGGAGCUUCAAGCAUCUAUUCCACACACACCGCCAGUGCAUCCCUCAGUACUACCGCAGCGGGGAGACUGUAAAACACUGGGACUUCCCUUCCAAACUGGUCUUCCACAGGGCUGACCGCAUACUGGACAGGAUGCUCAUGAUUGAGGUGUGUGUCUGGCAUGAGUUUGUGUGUGGCUCUGGUCACAGGUAGUGCACUAUAUAGGGAUCUAUCCAUCCAUCCAUCCAUCCAUCCAUCCAUCUAUUCAUCCAUUCUUCAAUGCAUCUAUCAGGAGCUGUUUGCAUCAGCGCUGGACUUCCUGAAGCUGGAGAAGGUUGAGCUGGGAGGGUCGAUGGGGAAGAUCCUCAGUGAGAUGGUGUUCAGUAUGAACGAGGAAUUCCAUGACAGCUGGAGAACACUGAGGGAGAGCAAAUACGACCCGCUGGACUACACUAAAGAGGUGAAGCUCAUUACACCUCUGUUACAUUUUUACAAAUACUUUAUUUAACCAUUAUCAAACGGCCACUAACAAGAUGUUUUUUUGCUGGUGUGUUUAGGACUUCCUAGUGGACUACAGGCGUUUCAUGGAACAGAACAAAGACUUUGACCAGAGGCUGGGGACUGUUCUCAACCUGGCCUUCCAACACUCUAAAGGCCUGGAGUCUGCCUUCAAGGUGAGACACACCUGAGAAGAACCCUAUCCUCUAACCCUUACCAUAGCCCUGACCCUUUACCCUAACCAUAGCCCUGAACCUUUACCCUAACCAUAGCCCUGACCCUUUACCCUAACCAUAGCCCCCCUAACCCUAACCAUAGCCCCCCUAACCCUAACCAUAGCCCUGAACCUUUACCCUAACCAUAGCCCUGACCCUUUACCCUAACCAUAGCCCCCCUAACCCUAACCAUAGCCCUGACCCUUUACCCUAACCAUAGCCCCCCCCUAACCCUAACCAUAGCCCUGAACCUUUACCCUAACCAUAGCCCUGACCCUUUACCCUAACCACAGCCCUGAACCUUUCCCCUAACCAUAGCCCUGAACCUUUCCCCUAACCAUAGCCCUGAACCUUUACCCUAACCACAGCCCUGACCCUUUACCCUAACCAUAGCCCCCCUAACCCUAACCAUAGCCCCCCUAACCCUAACCAUAGCUCUGACCCUUUACCCUAACCAUAGCCCCCCUAACCCUAACCAUAGCCCCCCUAACCCUAACCAUAGCCCUGAACCUUUACCCUAACCAUAGCCCCCCUAACCCUAACCAUAGCCCUGAACCUUUCCCCUAACCAUAGCCCUGAACCUUUACCCUAACCAUAGCCCCCCUGACACUAACGAUAGCUCUGACCCUUUCCCCUAACCAUAGCCCUGACCCUUUACCCUAACCAUAGCCCUGACCCUUUACCCUAACCAUAGCCCCCCUGACACUAACGAUAGCUCUGACCCUUUACCCUAACCAUAGCCCCCCUAACCCUAACCAUAGCCCUGACCCUUUACCCUAACCAUAGCCCCCCUAACCCUAACCAUAGCCCUGACCCUUUACCCUAACCAUAGCCCCCCCUGACACUAACGAUAGCUCUGACCCUUUACCCUAACCAUAGCCCCCCUAACCCUAACCAUAGCCCCCCUACCACUAACCAUAGCCCCCCCUAACCCUAACCAUAGCCCCACCUAACCAAAGCCCUGACCCCUAACCAUAGCCCUGACCGCUAACCAUAGUCCUGACCCUUUACACUAAACAUAACCCUGACUCAGUGCUUUCUGUUUGUGUGAUUGUAAGAGCAUGGUUUUCUGCUCUCUGUGCCUAUGCUCCUCCAGCUCCUCCAGAUCUUUGGCACCCUCUUGGAGAGACACAGGAUCAACCAGCUGUUCUCCCCAAACUACAGCACCCUGCUGGGCAUGUUCAACACUGAGAUAGACCACUGCCAGCUCAUACUGGACCAGCAGAGAGAGAGGGUGAGAGACGAGGGCCGGAGGGAGGGAGAGUGGUGGAGAGAGGGAGGGAGGGGGAGAGGAGAGAGGGAGGGAGAGAAUGAGGGAAUGAGGAUUUGAGAGUUUGCCAGUCUCUUCAGUCACACAGAGGUUUAUUGUGGUUUUGUUGCAGUUGCGGUCGGGCUGUGCGGUCCUGAGUAAGAACAUGCCACCGGUCGCUGGCAACCUGAAGUGGUCGCAGGAGCUACGAGACCGCAUCCUGACUAACCGCGGCAACCUCAACCAUCUCAUACGCAUGUAGGUCUGGUCCACACACAUACACACACACUCUUUCUCGCUCUCAUCCCGCCUCCCCCUCUCUCUUGGUGUCCCAGGCCACUGGGUUCUGCUGAGGCGGAGCAGGUUCUCCAGAAGUGUGAGCGGGUUCUAGAGGUUCUAGACCAGCACGAUGAAGAGCUGUACUCCGUGUGGACGGAGGGGUUGGAGGAACUGUGCAACACACACCUCCAGGAACCACUACUCACCCUGGAUCAAGAGACAGGACUGUUCCAGGUCAACUUCAGCCCUGCAGUAAGGCUCCCUAAUCCCCUGACCCUUACCCUGUGGUAGGAUCCCUAGACCCUAACACCUGACCCCAUACCCUAACUCCCAACCAUGAACCCUAAUUGUAACCUCUAGCUCUAAACCUCUAUCCCUUGAUCACUAACAUCUAUCUACAAUCAAAACCCUAACCUUAACCACAACUUCUAAACUCCCCGAGCCCAAGUACUACUGCUGCCAGGGUAAUGCUCUAGUCCAGGGGUAGGCAACCGAUUUUUGUCGGAGCAGAUGGUCGGGGGGCCGGAACAUAAUUAUAAUAAAUUGUACACUGCAAAUGUAGCAUAGCUAAGCCUAAAAAUAGAUUGUAUUUGAAAAUAACAAUCAUUUCAUACCUUGAAUUACAUUGAGACAUGAUCACGGCUCUUUUUUUAUUUGUGGGAAUACUUGGGAACAGAUUUCCUAAAUUAAACAAAUGUUUUGCUGAAUUCCUGGUCUUUUUUUCGACCAUUUUUAUGUAUUUAUUUAUAAAAAUCACUUUUGCUGACCCCUGCUCUAGUCAGUGCCUGACUCCCUCUCUUCUAGUUGACCUCAGUGCUGAGGGAGGUGAAGUAUCUGGGCAUGUUGAAGAACCACAGCAUCCCUAAAGAUGCUCUACACCUCUACUCCAAACGAGAGACACUCUAUAUGGUGGGUCUGUCUCCUAAACACACGCAUAAACUAACACACACACACACUCUGCGUUGUGUAGUAUUGUGUUAGUGUAUUGUGAUGUUGUACUGUAUGUGUUUAUUGCAGUACACCCAGACCUUGGCCCUGAUAACCCAGUGGUACAAUCGGCUGCACAGCACCAUCCUGGAUGUGGAGCUGGGAUUGGUUAAGGAGGAGAUGGGCGGGACCAGACGGCAGCUAAACCCCGCUCUCCAAGAACUGACCUGGAGUAGGGAUGACCUGUGGGACUACGUUCAGACCACACGAGACCUGGUGCAGGUAACACACGCUCCUUCUCUCUCUUUUCAUUUCAUACCUCCCUCUCUCAUUUCACACCCCCAUCUCUCUAUCCCUCAUCCCUCCCUCUCUCAUUUCCUUCCCAUCCAGGAUGUGUCCAGCAGGGUCCAGUCUAGUAAGGAUAACGUUGAGGUCAUCCAAUAUAUAUUUAUCCUCUUCAUCCCUCUCUCCUCCCCUCUUCAUCCCUCUCUCCUCCCCUCUUCAUCCAUCUAUCCCUCCCCUCUUCAUCCCUAUCUCCUUCCCUCUUCAUCCAUCUAUCCCUCCCCUCUUCAUCCCUCUCUCCUCCCCUCUUCAUCCAUCUCUCCUCCCUUCAACCCUGUCGCCUCUCUUCUCCAUAUAGGAUGUGUCCAGUAGGGUCCAGUCCAGUAAGGCUAACGUUGAGGCCAUUCAGGCUCUGAUGGGGAAGUUCAGUCACCAGGCCUUCAUCACCAGGAAGACCAGGGGUUCCACCCUCCUCAUCCUCACUGACAUGGAGGAGAGCAUCAGCAAACAGUACACACUCAUCACCAACACAGGGGAGCAGAUACACACACUGCUAAAGGUAUACACACACAGAAAAUACACACACACUGUACAUAUACAUAGUCAUACAUAGACACAGACACAUACAAGUACACAAAAACACAAAAUCGCAUGACAUCUCUCCCCCUCUCUCUCCCCCUCCUCCCUCUAUCUCUCUCUUUCUUUCUCUCGCUCCCUAUUUCUCUCUCUCCUUCUAUCUCUCUCUCUAUUUAUCUGUCUCUCUCUCUCUCUCUCUCCUUCAGGAGAACCUUGCUCUGUUAGGAGUGUCAGCCCCAGACUGUGCCGAGUGGAGGUCCUACACUGACUAUGUUGACCGCAUGGUUCUAGCAGGGUUCUCCAGUGCAGUACGCUGUUCCCUACAGUACCUGAUCGAGAACACUGACCCAGCCCACCGCAUCGCCCCGCUCUUCGAGGUCCAGCUGGUCCUCAACGCCAACGAGAUGACCUUCGAACCCUCACUGGACAUCAGUCGCCAGGGCAACUUCUAUGACAUCAUCGACAAGAUGGUGGGCGAUAUCACCAAGAUGGCAUCGUUCAUACCCCGCGUGGCCAAGCAUAAACAGAUGGACAACUAUCAGGUAGAAUAGAUUACACACACACACACACACACACACACACACACACACAAACACACACACACAAUAUCAAAAUAAUCUGAUUAACCUUUUAACCUUUAACUUUUGGCCUUUGACCCCUCCCUCCAGUCUGACAUAGAUAGGAUGGCCGACCUGUCAGAGCUGGGCCAGGUCAUCAGAGGUCGUGCCCGAUCGGCCAUCUCUAAGGUCAGAGAGUACCAGGUGUCUUUCUCCAGCUACCGCUACCUCUGGACAGAUGACAGGUAAGUGUGUGAAUAAAUGUUGUGCUCAAAUGUGUGUCCUUCACAAUGAAGCGUAUUGUGGAUCCUAAUAAAGUAUUUUAAAUGUGUGUAGGUCAGAGUUUAUGAGACAGUUCCUGCUGUAUGGUCAUGUCCUGAGUACAGAGGAGGUUGAGCUCUAUGCAGACUACGAGCUGGCUAAGAACCCACCCACACUGGACAACUUUAAAGAACAGGUAAGAGUGGGUAAGAGGCAGUCCCAGAGAGCUACAGUGCUUUUAAUAGUUCCUCUUAAUUAGUUGUAGGGGCGAGGGGGAUAAGUUGAGCCAUUCUUUAUAUUCAGCAUCACUCUGUCAAGGGAAAUAUAGCAUUCUUUCUAACAAAGAUAUCUACAUAGCGUCCUGUAGCUCAGUUGGUAGAGCAUGGCACUUUCAACGCCAGGGUUGUGGGUUCGAUUCCCACGGGGGGCCAGUAUGAAAAAUGUAUGCACUCACUAACUGUAAGUCGCACUGGAUAAGAGCGUCUGCUAAAUGACUAAAAAUGUAAAUAUAUUUCAGGAUGUUGGGUAUCCCUGGAAAUAAUCAGAAUUCAUGUAAACAUGACAGUUUUGAAAACAUAGCUUGUCCCCCCAAAAAGUGGUAUUUUGGCACAACUUACUCCAGGUAUGGGGUAAGUUUAGUCGUGGGACAGGGUAAGUUAAGCCGACUACAAAUGUCUGUACUGAAUGAAAUAUUACCACUACCUUUUUAAAACAUUAAUCAGGUUUCCAUUCAACCUUUUUAUGCGAGUUAAGUACAUGUCGGAUAAAUAAUGUCACGACAGGCCUGAUGGAAACAGCUAAAUUGUCUGUAAACUUUCCAAAUGUCGACAAAACAAAAUACGCUAGACAAGAUGGGAUCUUUUUGUUUCUGUAAAAUGAAUUAUGCAAGAAAUGGCAGUGGAAACUCUUUUAUGCUCAAAUAUUAUCGAAGUAAACUUGGGCAUGAUGAUAUGUUGUGUGGUCCUCCCACUACGUCUCGGGAAAGCAUACAGUUUAUUAGGCUACAGAUGAAAUAAGUUAUGGCGAACUUCAGAGGGUGGUGAAAGUGCAUGGUGAUGAGCUUGAUGCUCCUUUCCGAUAAAUGUUUAGGGUAUCUGCAAGCUGCUGGCUAAUCCCAGAGUGGGAAUUUAACCGCAAAGUUAUUUUUAUGUGCACUACGUCAUCACGCACAGCCUUUUAUCCAUAACAAGUCAAUUUGAUGGAAACACAUCUAUGGUGGGAAAAUGUGCAUUGUUUUUAUGCAGAUGUUUGAAUAUUCACUUUAAAAUCAGUCACCAAUUGGAUGGAAACCUAGCUUGUGUCUAUCUUUAUUUCCCAAACACAAUUUUUUUUGUAUUUUAAUAAUUUCAAGCAUAUUUUAACACAGGCUUAACACCUAUUCAAACACUGUACUUUUUGUUAUAUCACAUCCCAGCAAUAAUGCCUUUCAUUAUAAUAUGCCAUUUAGCAGACGCUUUUAUCCAAAGCGACUUACAGUCAUGUGUGCAUUUUUACGUAUGGGUGGUCCUGGGGAUCGAACCCACUACCCUGGCGUGAAUUUAUUUAUUUUUUUACAUUUUUAGUCAUUUAGCAGACGCUCUUAUCCAGAGCGACUUACAGUUAGUGCAUACAUUAUUUUUUAUUUUUCAUACCCCCUGUGGGAAUCGAACCCACAACCCUGACGUUGCAAACGCCAUGCUCUAUCAACUGAGCUACAUCCCUGCCGGCCAUUCCCUCCCCUACCCUGGACGACGCUGGGCCAAUUGCACGCCGCCCCAUGGGUCUCCCGGUCGCGGCCGGCUACGACAGAGCCUGGAUUCGAACCAGGAUCUCUAGUGGCACAGCUAGCACUGCGAUGCAGUGCCUUAGACCACUGCGCCACUCGGGAGACUAUGACAGGUAGUUACAAGUGCCACUGCGCCACUCGGGAGACUAUGACAGCUCCGUUACAAGUGCCAUGCUCUACCAAUUGAGCUACAGAGGACCACAUUACACUUGGGAAGAAUACCAUUCAAUUUGGUAAACUUGGCAUUGGCUCAACCAUUGGCUCAACUUAUCCCAUGGCCAUUGGUUCAACUCACCCUAUGGCAAACAUUUUGACUAUAUUAGCCCACACAUCUACAAGGAUGCACUUUCAUGCUAGGUUUAGGACCUCAUAUUGAAGCUUAUAGAGACCCCAACUGAUGUAUAGAACAAUCUUACAAUUAUCUACUAUGGUUUAGAUACAAGCACCAUAAAACCUCUAACACAGUAAAUUCAUUUAACUUGGUGAAAAUCAGUUUUUUGGACCUAACUUGCUUACCACUUUCUCCAUGUGGUUUAUUCCUUCACAGACUCCAUGAAAUGAUGACCUCUUCCUAAAUAUUUGGUCAAAUUAUUAAUUUUGUGUAUGGUUUCCUAGAAACAAGGGCGGCUCAACUUACCUUACUCUCCCCAUACUCUACUUGCUCUAGAUCAGUCUGAUUCAGUCUGUGUGUGGUUCUAUGUUCUAGAUCAGUCUGUUUGAGUUUCUGUACGUGUGGGUCAGUAAGCUGGGGGACAGGAGGGUGUUCUGUGUUCUAGAUCAAUCAGUGUGUGUGGUUCUAUGUUCUAGAUCAGUCUGUUAGUCUCUGUACGUGCGGGUCAGUAUAAGCUUGAGGACAGGAGAGUGCUAUGUGUUCUAGAUCAGCCUGUUUGAGUCUCUGUUUGGUGCUGUGUUUUAGAUCAGCCUGUGAAUGAUUCCUCACCAAACCUAGACAAAAAUGACCAUGAUUUUGUGGAUUUUUAUGAAAUGUAAUCCAUAGAAUAGUCCUUUGGAUGAAAGAUUGUUGACAUAUGUAUAUUUGACAUUUGUAUCUAAAAGCAUAAUUGAGAAAUAAUUGAUCAAAGUUGCCAUAUUUAUUAAAUUAAUAACCAGGCCUCCUUUAAAACGUCAUAGUGUUUCAUCUGUAGGUGCUACAAAGCAAACAUUGGUGUCAUAUGAAGCUCUGUAAUAUGAGUAGUAUUUUGAUUUCAAUAACUUUUUCCAAAUUAAUUUAUGAAUAUUGAGAAAUAUGAACAUUAAUAUUGAAAAUAUAUCAUUUUUGAUUUGGCAAAUGUUUUAAUAUAAUAUAUUUUACGGGCAUAUCAAAGUUCCAGAGUGGGAUCUCUGCUACUUUUAGAGUUAUGAUCCAAUUUGUAAGCAUUACCAACAGAGUGAAUGUGAAAAUGGAUUCAAAAUAGUUGCCCUCUGCUGGUGAUUUGCGGUUCUGACUAGCGGGAGUACAGCUACAACCAGAAGGGACAUUUUCGUAGCAGGUUAGAAGAAUUUAUGUUAGGGUUAGCUAAAAUGCUGUCCUAAUCUGCUACGAAAAGUAGCUUCCGGUUGUAGCUUUACUCCCUCUAGUCACAACCGUCAUUUGCAGGAUGUGGAAUGAUACAACUAAAAGGAGGGCUGUGAUUGGUUACAUUUCUCUGUACUGUAUAAAAUGGGCCAUAAUUUUAAAACUAGCAGCGACAUUCAACAUUCAUUAAAGCAUUUUUUUUAUAUAUAUUGAAAUCAAAAUGCUACUCAUAUUACAGAGCAAGCGGCAAAGCCUCAUAUGAUACCAAUAUUUUGCUUUGUAGAAUUUACAGAUGAAACAUCAUUGAGUCUUAAAGGAGGCCUGGGUAAGGCCAAAAUGUCAUAAAUAUGCCAACUUUGAUGAAUUAUUUCUCAAUUAUGCUUUUAGAUACAAAUGUCAAACAUAUGUCAACAAUCCUUCCUCCAAUGGACUAUUAUUCUAUGGAUAACAUUUCGUGAAAAUCCCCAAAAUCAUGGUAUUUUUUUGUCUGGGUUUUGUGAGGAAUCACUACUGUUUGAGUCUUUUUGGUACUUUAUGUUCUAGAUCAGCCUGUUUGAGUCUCUGUACGUGCGGGUCAGUAAGCUGGAGGACAGGAAGGUGUUCUGUGGCUGGCUGCAGCUGGACAUCAAGCCCUUUAAACUGGCCCUGAUGAACGUCAUCAAGAGGUGGAGCUGGAUGUUCAAAGAGCACCUACUCAACCAUGUCAAUCAGAGGUGACACACACACACAGAUCAACGCAUACACACACACACACACACACACACACACAAAUGUGAUGUGCACUCAAUUAAACACACACACAUAUAAAUAUAAACAGACACACAAAUCUGUCUAUUUACUGUGUCUCCCACUUCCAAUACACUGCAUAUCCCCUCUUUAACGUUCUCUCUCCAUCUCUCUCUCCCCCAGUGUGACCGACCUGGCAUUGUUUGUCCAGAACACAUCUUGUGGUCUGUCUAAUAAGGUCUCAGACGGGGACUAUGCUGGUCUGGUGGAUAUUAUGGGUCAUCUGAUGGCCAUACGGGACAGACAGAUCAGUGCUGACCAACACUUUAAACCACUCAAGUCCACCACUGAUCUACUCAAGACCUACGGACAGCAACUACCAGGAAGUGUCUAUACACAGCUGGAGGUAGACUACAGACACACACACACACACACACACACACACACACAAAUGGAGGUACACACAUCCCACCCAAUGAUCAUCCGAUGAUGCCUGUGAUACCUUAUAAUGUCUUAUAACCUGUGUAGGAGCUGCCUGAGAAGUGGAAGAGUCUGAAAAAGGUUGCAUUUACAGUGAAACACGAGGUGGCCCCACUGCAGUCCAACGAGGUCUCCGUCAUACGUAGGAAGUGUGUCCGCUUUGAGGUGAGGCGCGAGCGCGUGUCCAGUGUGAGGUGAGGCUGUGUGUGAUGGGUGUAGUAUAUCAUACACAGACACACACGAUACCAUAAUGUGGAGGACCCCUACAGAGAGCUUAGCAACGCUGUGCAAACUGAUCUGUCUGCUUUUCUGAAUUAUAGAUGUUAGAUAAACCUACCUGACUCUCACCUGACCUGACCAACACUUCUAUGUAUCUAGAUAAAUAUACUGCAUAUUGUAGCCUACUCUAUCUAAACUGUAUGUUUGAAGAAUUCUAUGUUAUUAUCUUUCAGAUCAAGCAGCAUGAGUUCAGAGAGCAGUUUCGCACUGAGGUCAUCUUCAGAAUAGACGUGGAGGAGCCUUAUAAGCUGAUUGACAAGGUUACCAGCUCAUAUUCAUAUUGUAGGAGGCUGAAGAAGGCAGGGAUUGAGUGGAUUAUGGGAGAUGUAGUUUAUUGAGUGGGGAAAAGGCAGCCAUUUUUUUUAACUUAGUCUAUUAAUAUGCGAGGGCUGUCUUUGAUAUAGCUAGGUAUGUUCGAGAGAGUUUUAUAACUGUGUAACUUUGCUUGUGUGUGUAGUCUAACCGUGUUGUAGCAGUGUUGGAGGCAGAGAUGCGUAAACUCCAGGACACAGCUGAUCUGUUCGAGGUCAGUUUCCCUGACUACAAGCAGCUCCGCCAGUGUCGCUCUGACAUCAUCCUGGUCAAAGCCGUCUGGGACAUGGUCAUCUUCGUCAAGGUAAAAACACCACUCUGAUUGUAGCUGAAGUGAGUUAAGAGAAGUUAUUUUGUCUUUCUCUGAUUGUCACUGUAUUGUAUGUGACGUGUAACCCAGACCAGUAUAGAGGACUGGACUAAGACCCCGUGGAAAGAGAUCAACGUGGAGCAGAUGGACAUGGAGCUCAGGAGAUUUGCUAAGGUGCUACAUCCGACACACAUGCACACACACACUUUCAUCUGACAGAUUGAAGGGAAAUACCACACCUUUAUCUGAGUGCAUGCUAGCUGAAGCUAUUAUAUUUGUUGUGUGUGACUAUAAUGCCUGUGUACAUGAUGUAUCACGUGAAUGUGUGUGUAGGAGAUGAAGACCCUGGAUAAGGAGGUGCGUGUGUGGGAUGUGUAUCUGGGUCUGGAGUCAACGGUGAAGAACCUGCUGACGUCUCUUAGAGCGGUCAAUGAGCUGCAGAACCCUGCUGUCAGAGAGAGACACUGGCAACAACUCAUGAACACCACAGGGGUACAACACUCUCUUUCUCGCCACAUACUUCCCUCCCUUUUGUUCUCUCUCAUCCCUCCCUCUCACUCUUUUUCUCUCUCCAUCCCUCCCUUCCUCCUGCUCUCUCUCUCUCUUGUUGUCCCUCUCUUACCAUCUACUGUCAGAGAGAGGUCAAUGGUCAUUGCUCAUGAACACCACCGGGGUACCACACUCUCUCACUGACCUUUGACCUCUCACCUCCUACCCCAGGUGCGGUUUGUGAUGUGGGAGGGGACCACUCUGGGAGACCUACUGGAGCUGCAGCUCCACAGAGUGGAGGACGAGGUCAAAAUUAUAGUGGACAAGGCCGUCAAAGAGAUGGCCAUAGAGAAGGUGCUAGCUGAGAUCACUCAGACGUGGAGUGUGAUGGCGUUGUCUUAUGAGAACCACCCCAGUACAGAAACUCCACUGCUCAAGUCAGACGAAAACCUGAUUGAGACGCUGGAAGACAAUCAGGUAACCUACUACACAAUAACCCAAUUCAUAGUCUCCUUUUUAGGUUAGUCCCUCUCUCCGCUCACUCAGUUCCACUCCAGGGAAUACUCAUUGAAUUCAGCAAAAAAAAGGUACAGUGUCCUAUUAUUGCAGCACUGUAUCUCCUGAAGGGAAAAAAGUAAAACACUUAUGAGCAAAAACAAUGAUAGAAAAUUCCAUAGAUGUACAGGUAGUGAAAGGUCUAAAAUGACUUUAAAACCCCUUACUGUAUAACUACAAUACUAUUUAAUUGUCCUAAUUCAUAUUUUCUUCCCCGACCCCUCCUAGGUGCAGCUGCAAAACAUCCUGAUGAGUAAGUAUGUGGAGUACUUCCAGGCAGAGGUGAGUGGCUGGCAGAGGAGGCUAAUGGUGGCAGACCUGGUCAUCUCCUCCUGGAUGUCUGUCCAGAGGACCUGGGCCCACCUCAACAGCAUCUUCACCAACAGCCACGACAUACGCUCUCAACUAGCCCACGAUGCUGAGCGCUUCCAGGGCAUACACUCUGACUUCCAGGUAGAUAUACUACAUAACACACAUACACUAAUCCUUAAGAGUCUAACGACGCACACGUGCGUCAAUCUAAGAAACAUAAUACAAAAAUUCCCAUCAAAAUCCAUCAGUUUAAGAUAGAGAUAUCAGGGUUUUUUGCAUGGGCUGCGUCUCAAUCCACCACAUCCACUUAUGUCGGCCUUCCCACAUCAGCGGUGGAAGGUGGCCGAGGUACAGCAGUGUUUGUCAGACCAUGAGACGUCCUGAAAAUCGGUCUUCUCACGAAAACGUCAGUAGCGUCCAAACGGUUUGGCCUAUUUUAUGACCACUCUAUGGAAAGGGGAGACUCUCACGAACACAGUGGUGUUCUCCGUUUUGCUAUACAACCCCCAGAGGUGUCACAGGACUCGUCUGAAUGUAACACUUACAAACAAAUGGAAGUAUGGAGGUAGUUUUGUGUCCAAAAAAACAAAAAUAUUUAUCCUAGAUAUAGGACACUUCAAAACCUUAUUCUUUGUGAUACAUUUUUUUACUGUCUUUUUUUGUCAUUUAUGAAUGUGUUAUUCAAUGCGUUUCAAUUCUGCACCCACACACUACUAGAACAAACGUUCCUCAAGCACAAACCAAUGUUUACAAUGUUGACUGUGAAUAAUGUUUAUAAUGACUUAAUUCUGUAUGUGAUUUAAUGAAACAGAACAUGAUGACAGAGGUUGUCCUGACCUGUAACGUGGUGGAGGUCACCAACCAACCUGGCUUCCUGGAGAAACUAGAGGCUCUGCAGCAAAGGUGCGUGUGUGUGUGUGUGAAUGCAGUUCGAUUUGCGUGUGUGUGUGUGUGUGUGUGUGUGUGUGUGUCUGUACUAACUCUACUGUCUCUCCCCCCAGGCUGUCAGUGUGUGAGAAGGCCCUGGCUGAGUAUCUAGAGACCAAGAGACUGACGUUCCCUCGGUUCUACUUUGUCUCUGCUACAGACCUACUGGAGAUCGUCUCCAAGGGAACACAACCCAAACAGGUGAACAUCACUCACCUACUUUUUAACAUACAGUAUACUGCAUGAAAUACACUAGAUGGCCAAAAUCAUGGGCAUUAAUAUGGAGUUGCUAUAACAGCCUCCACUCUUCUGGGAAGGCUUUCCACUAGAUGUUAGAACAUUGCUGAGGGGACUUGCUUCCAUUCAGCCAGAAGAGCAUUAGUAAAGUCGGGCACUGAUGUUGGGCAAUUAGACCUGGCUCGCAGUCGGCGUUCCAAUUCAUCCCAAAGGUGUUGGAUGGGGUUGAGGUCAGGGCUUUGUUCAGGCCAGUCAAGAUCUACCACACCGAUCUUCUACAAACCAUUUCUGUAUGGACCUUGCUUUGUGCACGGGAGCAUUGUCAUGCUGAAACAGGAAAGGGCCUUCCCCAAACUGUUGCCACAUAGUUGGAAGCACAGAAUCGUCUAUAAUGUCAUUGUAUGCUGUAGCGUUAAGAUUUACCUUCACUGGAACUAAGGUGCCUAGCCUGAACCAUCAAAAACAGCCCCAGACCAUUAUUCCUCCUCCAUCAAACUUUACAGUUGGCACUAUGCAUUCGGGCAGGUAGCGUUCUCCUGGCAUCCGCCAAACCCAGAUUUGUCCGUCUGACUGCCAGAUGGUGAAGCGUGAUUCAUCAUUCCAGAGAACAUGUUUCCACUGCUCCAGAGUCCAAUGGUGGCGAGCUUUACACUACUCCAGCCGACGCUUGGCAUUGCGCAUGGUGAUCUUAGGCUUGUGUGCAGCUGCUCGGCCAUGGAAACCCGUUUCAUGAAGCUCCCGACGAACAGUUCUUGGGCUGACAUUGCUUCCAGAGGCAGUUUGGAACUCGGUAGUGAGUGCUGUAACCGAGGACAGACGAUUUUUACACGCUACGCGCUUCAGCACUCAGCAGUCCCAUUCUGUGAGCUUGUGUGGCCUAUCACUUCGCGGCUGAGCCGUUGUUGCUCCUAGACGUUUCCUCUUCACAAUAACAGCACUUACAGUUGACUGGGGCAUCUCUAGCAGGGCAGAAACUUGAUGAACUGACUUGUUGGAAAGGUGGCAUCCUAUGAUGGUGCCACGUUGAAAGUCACUGAGCUCUCCAGUAAGGCCAUUCUACUGCCAAUGUUUGUCUAUGGAGAAUGCAUGGCUGUGUGCUUGAUUGUAUACACCUGUCAGCAAUGGAUGUGGCUGAAAUAGCCGAAUCCACUAAUUUGACAGAGUGUCCACAUACUUGUAGUGCAUGAUGAUGAUGAUGGUGUGUGUUUUUGUGUGUGACCCAGGUUACCAGGCACCUGUUGAAGCUGUUUGAUAAUGUGGCGGACCUUCGCUUCCGAGACUCAGAGAAAGGAGGAGAGGCGCCGGGAGAGAAGAAAGAGGGAGAGGAGGAUGAGGGGGAGGCAGUUGCCAUAGGCAUGUACAGUCGAGAAGGGGAGUACGUACCCUUCUCCGAACCCUGCAUCUGCGAAGGACAGGUAGGAACACCUUUGUGUGUGUGUGUGUGUGUGUGUGUGUGUGUGUGUGUGUGUGUGUGUGUGUGUGUGUGUGUGUGUGUGUGUGUGUGUGUGUUUGUACAUGUCUAUGUGUAUGUCUGAAACAUAUAUAUGUGUGUGUAUCUGUAGGCAGAGUGCUGGCUGAGUGAACUGGAGCGGACUAUGCGCUCUACUGUCCAGAGGGAGAUCCAAGAAGCUGUCGCUGCUUAUGAGGACAAACCCAGAGACCAGUGGCUGUUUGACUACCCAGCACAGGUGUGUGUGUGUGUGUUUUUGUAGUCUCCAAACUCACAAUUCCACUCAAAAGCAUUGCUACCAAACUAUACUACCGAACUAAAUCUAGAUUUUCAGUUAUCCGUGCACAGAAAUGUGCCUGAAUUUCAAAAGUGUGUGUUGUCCUCCUCUGUCAAGGUUGGUCUGACUGGCAGCCAGGUGUGGUGGGCAACAGACGUGGGCAUCGCCUUUGAGAGGGUGGAGGAAGGCUUUGAGACCGCCCUGAAAGACUACAACAGAAAACAGGUACACACACGUCUGUGAUAUAUCACCCAGUUGAUCUAAGUCUCUUAUACACAUGAUCUGAUCCCUGGUGUUUGAGAGAAGUGUGAUGAUUAUGGUUAUGUGAUGGUAGAUCACCCAGCUGAACUCCCUGAUCCAUAUGCUCCUGGGAGACCUGACUCCAGGUGACAGACAGAAGAUCAUGACCUUGUGCACCAUCGACGUGCACGCUCGCGACGUGGUCGCCAAACUCAUAGCACAGAAGGUAAUAUAACCACUGCCCUCAGAUCACAAAUCACUUUUAUAACAGGUGAAUAAACAUAACCUUGAAACAACUUUUGAACAUAUUGCCCGUAACACUGCUCUGAGAUCAGAUUUACAUUCUCUAAUCAUUUUACAUUUUAGUCAUUUAGCAGACGUUCUUAUCCAGAGCUACUUACAGAGUAAUUAGGGUUAAGUGCCUUGCUCAAGGGCUCAUCGACAGAUAUUUUCUCUCACUUAGUCAGCUCGGGGAUUUGAACCAGCAACCUUUUGGUUACUGGCCCAAUGCUCUUAACCGCUAAGCUAUCUGCCUCUUUUAUAGAACUAUAAAAGAGUCACUCUUAGAUGCUGUUUAGGCUGGGUUAAUAACAAAUUGACUCUUGGGGGUUUGGUUCCUAGGUGACAACGGGACAGGCGUUUGCAUGGCUGUCCCAGCUGCGCCAUCGUUGGGAUGACGUGACGAGACACUGUUACAUCAACAUCUGUGAUGCUCAGUUCCAGUUCUCAUACGAGUACCUGGGCAAUACCAACAGACUAGUCAUCACUCCACUCACUGACAGGUACACACACAUACAGGCAGAAACUCUUCCUAUAGAUGCUAUAUCACUCUAAACCAGGGGUGUCAAACGUCCGGCCCGCGGGCCGGAUCAGGCCCGCAAACGGGUUUAAUCCGGCCCGCGAGAUGAUUUUGUAAAGUAUAAAAAUGCCCUGCAAUUUUUCAAUAAAAUAAACUGCUGUUCCAAUUGCGUCCACUGGAUGGCGCAAUAGCAAUUGUGUUAAGCAAGCAAACUGUUUAUACCGGGGCAGAGCAAGUAGGUCAAGUCUGUGUUUACUCACAGCCGAGACAUCAGUGACGCUGCAGUGAAAGCUAGCUACCUCAUUGCUAAUGAAAUCGCAGUGGCUUCAAAACCAUUUAGUGAGGGUGAAUUUGUAAAAACAUGCAUGAUGAAGGCAGCUGAGAUUGUGUGCCCUGAAAAGCGUCAGGCUUUUGUAAAUAUCAGCCUGACAAGAAACACAGUUGCAGACAGGAUUUCCGAUCUUUCAGUGGAUUUGGACAGCCAGUUGAAGCAAAAAGUAAAGUCAUUUAUUGCUUUUCGGUUGCAAUUGAUGAAAGCACGGACAUUACAGAUGUUGCACAACUGGCCAUUUUCAUCCGCGGAGUUGAUGACACAUUGACCGUCACCGAGGAGUUCGUGGAGUUGGUGCCGAUGACAGAUACAACGACAGCAGCUGAUAUUUUUACCGCACUCGUCCGCGCGCUGGACAGGGUCGGAGUGGACUGGUCCCGCGCUGUCAGCCUGGCUACAGAUGGUGCGCCCUCAAUGAUUGGGAAAUAGGCAGGCGUUGUGACAAAGUUCAGAGAGAAAGUGCAAUCUGCAAAUGGAGGACGUGAUUUUUUGACUUUUCACUGUAUUUUGCACCAGGAGGCUUUGUGUUGCAAGUCAUUAAAGAUGGAUAACGUCAUGAAGGUGGUCAUCCAAACUGUUAAUUUCAUCCGAUCCAGAAGCCUGAAUCACCGUCAGUUUGACAGCCUUCUCAGAGAGAAAGACCACAUCUAUGGCCUGCCAUACCAGACUGAGGUAAGAUGGUUAAGCCGAGGUGCUGAGGCGUUUCUUUGAUUUACGAGAAGAAAUUCCAUUCCGCAGAAUGGAUGCAGGACCUUGCAUUUAUGGUGGAUGUUACAGAGCACCUGAAUAACUUGAACAAACAGCUGCAAGGGCGCAACAAAGUUGUCACGCAGUAUUAUGACAGCAUACGUUCUUUCAAGUUGAAGCUGUCAUUGUGGGAGACGCAACUUGCCGGUGGUGAUGCAGCUCACUUCCCCUGUCUGAAAAAUGUGUGCGCUACCCAACAUGUGGCAGACAUGAAGCGGUUCAAAGAUAAAAUAACGGGACUGUUACGGGAGUUUGAGCAAUGCUUUCAGAUUUUUGGUGAACUCAGAAAGACUUUAAAGGUUUUUGCUCGCCGUGAAUCCCUCUGAUCUGCCCAUCAGCAUCCAACUUGAAAUAAUAGACUUGCAGUGUGACUCGGAUUUGAAGGGCAAAUUUGCCGCAGCUGGCUUGGACACAUUUAAUCAGAAUCUCUUGCCAGGUUACCCCAACUUGACAGCCCUCGCUGCAAAACUGUUGUGCAUGUUUGGAGACACAUAUCUUUGUGAGCAAGUUUUCUCUGUAAUGAGCAUAAAUAAAACAAAGCUGCGCUCAAGGCUCACGCACAAGCACUUGAAUCACAUCCUGAAGUUGGCUGCCACUCAGGAUGUGACGCCUGAUAUUGAUGCGCUGGUGAAAGCUAAAAGAUGCCAGGAAUCAGGAGUCAAAUAAACUAUGCAACUCCACUUAAAGUGCUACAUGAGACACCCUGAUAUAGUUCUGUGAUCUGUGAUAUGCUUAUGUGAAUCACUGAGGCAUUGUGUGUUUGUGUGUUCUUUGUCCUCAGAACUUUCAAAUAACUUGAGGUGUUUUAUGAUUAAUAGUGAUGUUGUGCUUUUGGACACACUGUCCUCAGGCGCCAGCUUUAUGUUUAUAUGUUUUUAUGUUGAUGUGCUAUUGUUUUUAAUUGAUUUUAUUUUAUUUGUAUAUUUAACCUAUUCUUGACUCUGUGGUUCUUGCACUUGUUUGGGGAACAGGAUUUCAUUCUUUUUAUCUACAUUUCUGCCUGAGAAAUGACCCCCUGAUAUAGUUCUGUGAUCUGUGAAACAGUUCUGUUAAUCACUGAGGCAUUGUGUGUUUGUGUUCUUUUUCUUUAGAAUUUUCAAAUAAACUUGACGUGUUUUAUGAUUAAUAGUGAUGUUGUGCUUGUACUAUUUUGGACACGCUGUCCUCAGGCUCCAGCUUUAUGUUGUAUGUUGAUCGUAUUAAAACAAAGAAAACAAUCUGAAGUUGUUGUUUUUAAGUUAUAUAUACCAUGAUUUUUCCGGUCCGGCCCACUUGGGGAUAGAUUUUCCUCCAUGUGGCCCCUGAGCUAAAAUGAGUUUGACACCCCUACUCUAAACUAGUUUACCGACCUAUUACUGAAAAAUUCAUUGAAAGUAUAGGGAGCGUUACUUUACUCACCGCAAACCUAUUUUUUAACCACUACAGUAAUGGUCUCUGCAACUCACUAUGAUUUCCCCACACAAGCACACACCACUUUCUCUCUCUCUCUUCUUCUCCCCAGGUGUUACAUCACUCUGACCCAGUCUCUCCACCUGACGAUGAGUGGCGCCCCAUCUGGUCCAGCAGGCACUGGGAAGACUGAAACCACCAAGGACCUGGACCGUUCCCUAGGCAUCAUGGUCUAUGUAUUCAACUGCUCCGAACAGAUGGACUACAAGGUAGGUACUCAUAAACUGGUAGAGCUGUGUGGAUACACUGUGUUUUGUAAAAUAUAAUCUACGUUUGUGUGUUUCUGAAUCCACCAUUUCUUUCCCCACCUCUUCUAUAGUCCAUAGGGAACAUCUAUAAAGGUCUGGCCCAGACGGGUGUGUGGGGCUGUUUUGAUGAGUUCAACAGGAUCUCUGUGGAGGUGCUAUCUGUGGUGGCAGUACAGGUCAAAACCAUACAGGACGCCAUCAGGAACAAGAGACAGAGGUGAGGGACUCCUAGCUACCUAACUAAUGUCAUUCAACAAAUCCAAGAGUCUUUGUGUCUUUCGCUAAGAUUUGACUUGGUUUGUGUUCCUGUUUGUCAGGUUCUAUUUCCUAGGUGAGGAGAUUGAGCUGAGGCCGACUGUAGGGAUUUGUAUCACUCUGAACCCAGGCUAUGCUGGGAGAACUGAACUACCAGAGAACCUCAACGCCUUGUUCAGGUGACACACACACAGGCUGAAUCGCAAAUCGACCCACUCCAUCUCUUCCUUCAAUCUGAAUAUUCACACUCUCCAAUUUAGGCCGUGUGCAAUGGUGAUUCCUGACUUUGAGUUGAUCUGUGAGAUCAUGCUGGUGGCUGAGGGAUUCAUCGAUGCUCGCCUGCUCGCACGCAAGUUCAUCAGCCUGUACACGCUCUGCAAGGAGCUGCUUUCUAAACAGGUACACACACACACACAAACAAACAAACACACACACACAAAUACACGAAGAAACACUCUAAUACUGUAUAAUACUGCAUAUGUGUUGUAGGACCACUAUGACUGGGGCCUGAGGGCCAUCAAGUCAGUGCUGGUGGUGGCUGGAUCACUGAAGAGAGAGGACAGGAGCAGACCAGAGGAACAGGUAACACAGUGUUUAUCAACCAGGGUGUCUUCCCUUAAUGACCAUACUAUAGAAGCUAUAUUGUCUGUCUCUAUAGGUCUUCAUGAUGUUCCUAUAUUCCUGUCUGUCUCUAUAGGUCUUCAUGAUGUCCCUAUAUUCCUGUCUGUCUCUAUAGGUCUUCAUGAUGUCCCUAUAUUCCUGUCUGUCUCUAUAGGUCUUCAUGAUGUUCCUAUAUUCCUGUCUGUCUCUAUAGGUCUUUAUGGUGUCCCUAUAUUCCUGUCUGUCUCUAUAGAUCCUGACAUUUCCCUAUAUUCCUGUCUGUCUCUAUAGGUCCUGAAUAAUCCCUAUAUUCCUGUCUGUCUCUAUAGAUCCUGACAUGUCCCUAUAUUCCUGUCUGUCUCUAUAGAUCCUGACAUUUCCCUAUAUUCCUGUCUGUCUCUAUAGGUCCUGAUGCCAGCGUUGAGGGACUUUAACCUUCCUAAAAUAGUAACCAGUGACGUCCCCAUAUUCCUGGGUCUGAUCAGUGACCUGUUUCCCCUGCUGGACGUCCCCAGGAAGAGAGACCCAGAGCUGGAGACAGCUGUACGACAGUCAGUCAGCGAACUACACCUGCAGCCUGAGGAAAACUUCAUACUCAAGGUAUAGCAAUGAAAUGAAAUGUAAAGUCUGCCCACUGUUUGUCUUAAUCCCACAUAUUUUUACUAAGCUAGAGAUGAACAUGUAAUUGAUCAUCGUAUUGCUUACAAUUCACCCCCCCUUCUCACUAGGUGACUCAGUUGGAGGAGCUGCUGUCUGUCAGACACUCAGUGUUUGUAGUGGGAGGAGCUGGGACGGGGAAGAGCCAGGUAAACUCACUAACAAUCACAUUCACACAACUUAAUCGAAGCCAACUGUAUUAAAAUGUCCUCUAUGUAACUCCAAAGCAACUUGUAUGUCAACGUUAUAUCUUUGAGGUUGUUAACAUGUGGUAAUUUGUGGUUGGACAGAUCUUGAAGACCCUCCACAGAACCUAUGCUAACCUGAGGAUGAAGCCUGUGUGGCACGACAUCAACCCUAAAGCUGUGACCACAGACGAACUGUUCGGCUAUCUACACCCUGCUACCAGAGAAUGGAAGGACGGUCUGUGGUCUAUACACAAACACACACACACACAGUGUAGAAACUUGCUGUUCGGGUUUGGUCAAUGUUGAUUUUGUCCUCCAUUUUAGGCCUGUUCUCCUCCACUAUGAGGGAGCUGACACGACAGGUGGGCCAUGACGGGCCCAAGUGGAUAGUUCUGGAUGGAGACAUAGACCCCAUGUGGAUAGAAUCCCUCAACACUGUCAUGGAUGACAACAAGGUACGUGUGUGUGUCUCUCUGUCUCAUUCCUUCUCUUUCUCUCUAUCUGUCGGUGCUGACUUAUUAUCUUUCUCCUCCUCUCUCCAUGUCUCUUUCUUCUAUGGUACUGAUAACUCUCCCCCCUCUCUCUCUUUCUCUCUCUCUCCCCCGAUCUCUCUCUCUCACUAGGUGUUAACCUUGGCCAGUAAUGAGCGUAUCAGUCUAUCUUCCUCCAUGCGGCUGCUUUUUGAGAUCAGCCAUCUAAGAGCUGCAACCCCAGCCACAGUCUCCCGCGCUGGGAUACUAUACGUCAAUCCACAAGACCUGGGCUGGAGCUCGUCAGUACACACACUCAUGCAGGGACACACACACACACACGUAUGCAUGUCCACUCUCACAAUGUGUUCUGGCCCUCAGGUACGUGACAAGUUGGAUUGACACCAGGCAGGCCCAAUCAGAGCGAGCCAACUUGACCAUCCUGUUUGACAAGUACGUUCCCUACUGCCUGGAGCAGGUCCGCUGUAACCUCAAGACCAUCACUCCUAUACCUGAGAACAGCAUGGUGCAGGUAACACACACACACACACACACACACACACACACACACACACACACACACACACACACACACACACACACACACACACACACACACACUGUUGUCCAAUCAGACACUGUGUUCUCUAUCUGCUGUCCAAUCAGACACUGUGUUAUCUGUCUGUUGUCCAAUCAGACGCUGUGUUCCUUGUUGGACUGCCUGCUGACAGAAGACAACACUCCUCCUGACUCUCCCAGAGAACUCUAUGAGAUCUACUUUGUCUUCGCCUGCGUCUGGGCCUUUGGAGGAGCUCUGUUUCCAGGACCACGUGAGUGUUUGUGUGUGUGUAUGUGGAGGGUGUAUGUGUGUGUAUGUGUGUGUUUGGGUGUGUGUGUGUGUCUACUCUCUGUCAGUGCCAGCAACCCAUGUAACUCUACCUCAGCUAAUAUUUAUCAGCUAACAUUGUCUUUUCCAGUUGAUAGACUAUCGUGCUGAGUUCAGUCGCUGGUGGUCGAAGGAGAUGAGAGCGGUGAAGUUCCCUUCGCAGGGCACAGUGUUCGACUACUUCAUAGACUCAGACACUAAGAAGUUCACUCCCUGGAGUGAGAGGACGCCCCGGUUCGAGCUGGAGCCUGAAGUCCCCCUACAGGUCUGUACUUGUUCUGGCUCCCUUAGUGAAGCGCAUUUAUUUUAAGUCUCUCUGCAUGAGAAUGUGUUCUAAAUGACUAAGAUUCACUGGUGUGCCUUCGUAAUAGCAGUAUGCACGUGUGUGUGCGUGCGUUGUAGUGUGUAUUUGUGAUGUGUGUCUGUGUGUGUAUUUCUGACGUGUGUGUGUUUCCAGACGGUGCUAGUCCACUCGGCAGAGACCAUCUGUCUGACGUACUUCAUAGACCUGCUGCUGCAGAGAGGGAAGCCUGUGAUGUUGGUGGGGAACGCUGGAGUUGGGAAAGACCAUCCUGGUGUCUGAUAAAGUAGCCAAGCUAAAGGAGGACUACAUGGUGGCUAAAGUCCCCUUCAACUACUACACCACCUCGGCUAUGCUACAGCGUGAGUCGCCCGUGGCAACUGCCUGCCACUGUAUGCAGUAGUUUGAGUUAUACCUGCCUGGUUCCAUUUCAAUUACUAGAGCCACUUAUUAGACGGCAACCAGGAAUGGAACCAGGCCAAUCUCUGCCCUCAAGAACCGAUUCAGUAUCAGCCCUCCUACUUCACUGAUGAUUCCAGUGUGCCGUAUUUUAAUGGAUAUGAUGUUUAAAAAACCCUAGAGGCGAUGUCCGCACCCGUGCUAAAAUCGAAUUAGCAUAAUACAAAAAUCCCCAUCAAGAUCCAUCUGUUUAAGCUAGAGAUGUCUAGAAAUAUCUGAAGGUGGCAGAGCUACAGCGGUGUUUGUCAGACCAGGAGACAUCCCGAAAAUCCGUCUUCUCAUGAAAACGUCUGUAACGUCCAAACCGUUUGGGAAAUAAACUAAUAGGACCCCUCUAUGGAAAGAUGAGACUCGCACGACAACGUACAUGUCGGUUGUUGCUCUAGGACUCCCACAAACCUAACAAGACUCGUCUGAAGGUAGCCCUGUAAGAGUUAAAACAUUUAACAGAAGUAUAUAUGGUCCCCUGUAGCUCAGUUGGUAGAGCAUGGCGCUUGCGACGCCAGGAUUGUGGGUUCGUAUCCCACGGGGGGCCAGUAUGAAAAAUGUAUGCACUCACUAACUGUAAGUCGCUCUGGAUAAGAGUGUCUGCUAAAUGUAAAAAUGGAAGUAGUAUAGUACCCCCCAAAAAAUUGUGAAAUAAUAAUUUCUUCCUUUUGAUACAUUUUUUUACUCUGAUUUGCCAUGUAUUUGCCAGUAUGUUAUUCAAUGCGUUUCUAUGGGCAAGAAGCAGUAAGACCAAAUUCAAUGUUUAAUCAAUUAUUUAUUUUAUUUUAUUUUUUUAUACCAAAAGGGGUCCCAGAAAUCAAAUAGCAAAAUGAUCCAUGGUAUGACCAUCUUAAAACAAUUCCAUAUGUUAGCUUAGUAGAACACCCACCCGAAAGGCUAUAUUCCUGCUGUCUAUAGUGACAUAAUGAGAUGCGUGUGUGUGUACUACAGGUGUGUUAGAGAAGCCUCUAGAGAAGAAGGCAGGGCGUAACUAUGCUCCUCCUGGAACCAAGAAACUCAUCUACUUCAUAGACGACCUCAACAUGCCUGAGGUGGAUGUGUAUGGGACUGUCCAACCACACACACUCAUACGCCAGCACCUGGACUACAACCACUGGUGAGAGGACACACACACGCGCACACACACACUCAAACAUCAUUGCAUGGACUACAACCGCUGGUGUGUGUGUGUGUGUGCGCGCGUGUGUGUGGUCUUGCAGGUAUGACAGACAGAGGCUGGUGCUGAAAGAGAUCCAUAACUGCCAGUACAUCACCUGUAUGAACCCUACAGCAGGGAGCUUCUCAGUGAACCCCAGACUACAGGUAACACACACACAUACAGUCAACUCAAGACAACAGUAACACACACACACACACACACACAUACACACACAGACUAACCCCUCUCUCCUCGCUCUCUCUCAGAGGCAUUUCUCAGUGUUUGCAGUUCAUUUCCCUAGCGCUGAGGCACUAGCCACCAUCUUCACUAGCAUCCUGUCAGCCCACUUCCUCCAGGGGGGCUUCAGCUACGGCGUCUCGCGCUCUGUAGGAACACUAAUACAGGUAUACGUCUGUCUGCCUGUCUGCCUGCCUGUCUGUCUGUGUCUCUUUCAGUCAGUCUGUCUGGCUGUCUGUCUGACAAUCAAUCCACUUUCCUCCUCCCUCCCUCCAUCCAUUCUUGUCUUUCUACUCCUGCAGGCAGCCAUCUGUCUCCAUCAGAAGAUCAGUCAGAACUUCCUCCCCACGGCCAUUCGCUUUCACUAUAUCUUCAACCUAAGGGACCUCUCCAACAUCUUCCAGGUAGCACACAUAUACAUUGAAAAAACAUCAUUGUCAUCAUCAAUCUUCAUCAAUAUGGAUUCAUGCCUCUCUUUCACUCUUUAUCUACGUCUCCCUCUCUGUGUAGGGUAUUCUGUUUGCCCUGCCAGAUUGUGUGCGUUACCCCAUAGACCUGGUCCAUCUGUGGCUCCAUGAGUCGUCCCGGGUGUACUCUGACAAACUGAUGGAGGAGAAGGAUGUGGAACUCUUCAACAAGAUCCUACUGGACACUGGCAAGAGAUACUUUGAGGUGAGAGACAUGUGGCAGCCAUCUUAUGGGGUUGUUACAAACAAGACUGCUUGACAUACGCCUUGCUACUCUCUUUACUUCCUUCACUCAUAUUGACAUAUGUGAUCUUAUGUAGCAAAAUUUGAAAUUGUGUUUUUUUACAUUAGAUAAAAGCAGAGACACAGAGCUACAAAAUUGUAUAUUAUACACUGCAUUUGAGGAACAGUGGGAAAGUAAUUCUGCUUUGAAAGUUGAUAAACUUCUAACCUCACUUUUGAGAAAAUUGGAAUGUUUUGAGGCCUUUGAAUGUUUUGGUACCUACAAGAGAGCUCUUCUUUGUCUACACCCAUUCAACAUCGUUCACACCCUCUUAAGCUUUAGCCCCACCCAUCUCUUUAAGGGUUUAUCCGAGCGUUCUGUACUAACAACAGCAGUCAAGCACCCAAGCUAACUGGCUAACGUUGGCUAGCUUGCUAGCUACUUCCAGACACAAAUGAGCUGGUUAGGCUGUUUUUAUGUUAUCCAAAGCAUUGGUGAUUGCAACUGUGCUGCUGGCAACAAUUUACGCUUUUUUUGCCAAUGUUUACUGACACCGGCCAUAUUCAACGGGUGUUGAGCGUUUGUAAAUUCGUCAGUUAUUCUGCACUCUGAAAGGUAGGUAAACAAUUAACCAUAAUCCCAACUCAUGACGUUACUACCCUGCAUGAAUCUGCAGGUAGCUAACCAACCAGGUUCAAUGUUAGCAAGCUAGAUCAUAUAACUAGCCAAGCAAAUGGCUCUGAGACACCCGUUGAAUAUGGCCGGUGACAGUAAAUGUCGGCAAAUAAGCGUGUGCACUCUGAACAAUCCAAGAGCGACACGCUCUGAAUUUACCAACGGACAAUCUGACAACGCUCUAAAUUUAUGAACGCCCAGAGCGCACUCUGAGUGCUCUCUGGCACUCCAGAGUGAAUUUACGAACGCACUCUUGCAUAGUGGAGUCUUUUGUUGAGAUAUCUAGCUAGCUAGCUAAACAAUGAACCAUAAUCCCAACUCAUGACGUUACUACCCUGCAUGAAUCUGCAGGUAGCUAACCAACCAGGUUCAAUGUUAGCUAGCUAACAUUAGGCUAUAACUACAAAGCAAAUGGCUCUGAGAUACGAAUAAUUAGAUCAUACACGUAAUGUUAGCUAGCGAGCCAGCCUGCUAACGUUAGCUAGCUAGCUAACAGUACACUUUCUGUCAAAAUUAGAAACGUGUAAUAUCUGAAAAUGUAGCUAGCUAGUCACGGAUGCAUGGUUGCCCUUAGUUUGAAGAUGUAUUCCAGAGACAGGUGUUUUCUCCAUCUCCUUAGCUAUCAUACUCUAAUUCCACUGAUUUCAAAACUCGGUCCUCCAGAAAGUGGAGAGCAACACUUAUGUAGCUCUACUACACGAUACAUUUUUUUUUUAAAGCUGCGUUAGACAGGAUUACCUACACAUACUAACCAGCUCAAAUAGACAGACGCGUGCUAUAUGGCAGACCAAUCCGAACUCCUCUCAUGUCCAGCCCACUCAUUAUCUCAGCCAAGCAUGGCUAGUGGGAAGGUUGCUGUCUUUUUCUGUGGUUAAAAUAACUAGGCUUGUAAUUUAAUAAUUUUAUUUGUAUUUACAGAUGGCAUACAAGUUUGUUAUUAUGGCACAUGAAAGUUCACAUGUUCCAGAAGGCAUUUCUGCCAAAAAACGCAUUUUGAUUUUUUUUAAAAAAAGUUUACAUUCAAAUGGCUGUCAUGUGAAGUAGUGACCCAUGACAUACGCCUAGUUUCCUGAAACGAGUCACAUAUUGUGUCUCUCUGAGAUUGCUUAUAGCAAAGUGAUCAAUAUGGCCUUUCCUUAUACAGUGUAAUCGGAAAGUAUUGAGACCCCUUCCCUUUUUGUCACGGUACAGCCUUACUCUAAAAUUGAUUAAAUAAAACAUUUUCCUCAUCAAUCUACACACAAAACCUCAUAAUGACAAAGUGUAAAAAGGGUUUUAGAAAUGUUUGCUAAUGUAUUAGAACAAAAAAACAGAAAUAGCUUAUUUACAUAAGUAUUCAGACUCUUUGCUAUGAGACUCGAAAUUGAGCUCAGGUUCCAUUGAUAAUCCUUGAGAUGUUUCUACAACUUGAUUGGAGUCCACCUGUGGUAAAUUCAGUUGAUUGGACAUGACUUUGAAAGGCACACACCUGUCUAUAUAAGUCCCACAGUUGACAGUGCAUGUCAGAGCAAAAACCAAGCCAUGAGGUCGAGGGAAUUGUCCGUAGAGCACCGAGACAGGUCAAGACACAGAUCUGGGGAAGUCUGAGUUAGUCCCCAGAAAGGCCAAAUUGAUACAGCCAUGUGUAUCUAACCUGGACUCAGGGUUAGACAUAACAUAGUAACACACCAAUUAGUAUGACAUGUUUCGUAUGGCAUGUAUUCAUUUUUUGGAUGUAAAACAUCAAUUUCGCAUGAUAUGUUACGAAUUAUAAUUCUUAUGAUAUGUUGCGAAAUGCAAUUCGUAAGAUAUGUAACAAAUUGCAAAUCGUACAAUAUGUUACACAUUUGUAAAACGUAUGAUGUGUUUUGAAUUCAAAUUUGUUGUGGCUAACGUUAGCUAGGUGGCUAACAUUAGCUAGGCUAGGGGUUGGGGUUAGGGGUUAAGGUUAGGGUUAAGGUUAAGGUCAGGGUUAAGGUUAAGGUUAGGGGAAGGGUAGUUAACAUGCUAACUAGUUGCAUAGUAGCAAACAAGUAGUAAGUAGUUGCAAAGUUGCUAAUUAGCUAAAAUGAUAAAGUUGUCCGUGAUGAGAUUUCAAACACGCAACCUUUGGGUUGCUAGACGUUCGUGUUAUACGCCAACACAUCUACCCCGACCAUCCACCCUCCUUUAGAUUUAGCCUUAAGUAACCUUCUGUCUUAUGUAACCAUACCAAAAGUAACGUAUCAAACUAAUUUAUGUGUGCCAGAUUUACAUUUACUAUGUUACGUCUAGUCUAUAAGACCAGGCUGUGGCAUCAGGUAUGCACCUACACCACACUACACCUCAACCAUCAACGACAUACUGGCAUCCAACCUGGAAUAGGGGUAGACGUAACAUAGUAAAAGUAAAUCCGGGAUACUCCAAUUAGUAUGAUAUGUUACGUUUAGUAUAACAUUUAUUAAUUUGUGGAUGUCCAUAAUUCAUUUCGUAUGAUAUGUUACGAAUUGCAAAUCGUACAAUAUGUUACACAUUUGUAAAACGUAUGAUAUGUUAUGAAUUCCAAUUUGUUGUGGCUAACGUUAGCUGGAUGGCUAACACUAACUUUAGCUAGGUGUCUAACGUUAGAUGGGUUUGGGUUAGUGUUAGUGGGAUGGUAGCUAAUAUGCUAAGUUGUUGCAAAGUAGCUAAAAAGUAGUAAGUACUUGUAGUUUGCGUUAUACGCCAACACAUCCACCCCGACCAACCACCCUCCUUUCGUUUUUGCCUUAAGUAACCUUCUGUCUUAUGUAACCAAACCAUACCAAACAUAACGUAUCAUACUAAUUUGAGUGUCCCGGAUUUACUUUACUAUGUUACGUCUAGUCUAGAAGACCAGGCUGUGGCAUCAGGUAUGCACCUACCCCACACCUCAACCAAACAUGUUUUUGCCAUGGACUUCCUGUGGCUAGAGUCACCCCUGUCUCCUUGCGAGUGUGGACCCUGUUUCCUUGUUAGUGAACUAGUGUGCACCCUAUUCACAUGCUAGUGUACUGUGCACCCUAUUUCCUUAGUGUGUGUGUUCUCUAUCCGUGGUAGUGUUUGCCCUGUCUCCUACGGGACAUCCCAAACCUGAUCAGUGAGGAGGAAGUGGGGAUGAUCGUGACGCCUCGUUCCAUAGCUAGUGUGUUAGUAUGCUAGUGUAUGUCCUGUCUCUUAGGGGACAUCCCAGACCUGAUCAGUGAGGAGGAAGUGGGGAUAAUCGUGACGCCUCGUUCCCUAGCUAGUGUGUUAGUAUGCUAGUGUAUGUCCUGUCUCUUAGGGGACAUCCCAGACCUGUUCAGUGAGGAGGAAGUGGAUAUGAUCGUCACGUCCAUCCGUAUGGAGCUAAGAGGACUGGGCCUGAUGGACAACAGAGACAACUGCUGGGCCUUCUUCAUCGAGAGGAUACGGCGACAACUCAAGGUCUGGCUAGAGAGCUCAAUGACAUCAAUCAGCUCUAUAACAGCAAAUGUAAUAGGUGUAAGGUGGAAACUAUACUGAAAAUAUAAACACAACAUGCAACAAUUUCAAGUAUUUUACUGAGUUACAGUUUUUAUAAGAACAUGAGUCUAUUGAAAUAGAUUCAUUAGGGCGCAGCCAUAGGUGGGCCUGGGAGGGCAUAGGCCCACCCACUGGGGAGCCAGGCCCAGCCAAUCAGAAUGAGCCCCAGAAAGGGCUUUAUUACAGACAUAAAUACUCCUCAGUUUCAUCAGCUGUCCAGGUGGCUGGUCUCAGACAAUCCCACGGGUGAAGAAGCUGGAUGUGGAGGUCCUGGGCUGGCGUGGUUACACGUGGUUAGUGUUUGUGAGGCCGGUUGGACGUACAGCCAAAUUCUCUAAAACGACGUUGGAGGCGGCUUAUGGUAGAGAAACGAACAUUCAAUUCUCUGGCAACAGCUCUGGUGGACAUUUCUGCAGUCAGCAUGCCAAUUGCACACUCCCUCAAAACUUGAGACCAUCUAUGGCAUCGUGUUGUGUGACAAAACUGCACAUUUUAGAGUGAACUUUUAUUGUCCCCAGCACAAGGUGCACCUGUGUAAUGAUCAUGCUGUUUAAUCAGCUUCUUGAUAUGCCACACCUGUCAGGUGGAUGGAUUAUCUUGGCAAAGGAGAAAUGCUCACCAACAGGGAUGUAAACAAAUUUGUGCACAAAAUUUGAGAGAAAUAAGCUUUCUGUGCGUAUGGAACAUUUCUGGGAUCUUUUAUUUCAGCUCAUGAAACAUGGGACCAACACUUUACAUGUUGCGUUCAUAUUUUUGUUAAUUAUAUGUGCUAUUUUUGCAAUACAGUAUGCGUUAUUUAUUUCCUAGAGAGGGAAAGGUCAACAGUGACAAAUAGUUGAUUUCUCUCUCUCCUCUUUUCUCUCUCCCCCCACUAUUCUUCUUCCCCUCCCGCCUUGCUACAGGUGGUCCUGUGUUUUUCCCCGGUAGGGUUCACCCUGCGUACCCGUGCUCGUAAGUUCCCGGCCCUGGUCAACUGUACGGCCAUAGACUGGUUCCACUCCUGGCCUCAGCUGGCCCUACAGUCUGUCAGCACCACCUUCAUAGAGAAGAUACCUGACUUGGAGGUAAACAACAGUCUGAAGACGCAUCACAAUCACAUAGACAGUGGAUGAUAAUUAUUGAAAACAUUCAUUUAUGUUUGCAUAUCCAUGUUCUCUCUAACCUCUCUAGCCGGAUGUCCGUGCGUCCAUCAGUGAGUUUAUCUCCUACGCCCAUACCAGUGUUAACGAGGUGAGAGAUUGAGAAAUAAUUUUACUUUACGACAUAAAGGGUCAUCAUAGUUAUAUAGAUCAUUUGUGUAAUAAAUCAAUUGACAGAUAAUUUGAAUGUAAUAUUGAAUGUACUUCAUUGUCUAAAUGUGUUCUAGGUGAGUGUGAAGUACCAGCAGAAUGAGAAGCACUUCAACUACACCACUCCCAAGAGCUUCCUAGAGUUUAUGAAGCUGUACGGUAACCUACUGGGGACAAAACGCAGAGAGCUCACCCAGAAGAUGGAGAGACUGGAGAACGGCCUGCAGAAACUACAGACCACAGCCUCACAGGUCAGUCAGACUCACAGCCUGCCAUACACCACACACACACACACACACACACACACACACACACACACACACACACACACACACACACACACACACACACACACACACACACACACACACACACACACACACACACACGCACACACACGCACACACACAGGAACACACUUAGUCUCUCCCUUUCUGCCUUCUCUCUCUCUCGCUCUCUCUCUCGCUUUCUCUCUCUCUCUCUGAUCCAUCUCUCUACCUACCCUCCAUCCCUCUCCACUCCUCCCUUCUCAGGUGGAGGAUCUGAAGGCUAAGUUAGCGGUCCAGGAAGUAGAGUUGUGGCAGAGGAACACAGACACAGAGGCGCUCAUCUCUAAGAUCGGCCAACAGACAGACAAACUCAACCAGGAGAGGGCUGUGGCAGACGCAGAGGAACAGAGGGUACGAGUGAGCAUGUGUGCACGUGGGCCUUGAUCAGUUUUAAUGAAUCCUUAGAAAUCAAAAUGGUAUUACUAGUAAUUAUUAGGUAAUGACCAUUUUGAUGUGUCAGUUCUAAGUUUACAUUUGUAAUGUAUACGUGUUUAGUGUGUAGUGCUGUGUGUUGUUGUCCUUAGGUAGGAACCAUCCAGGCUGAGGUGACCACGCAGCAACAGCAGAGUGAAAAGGACCUGGCUAAGGCUGAACCUGCCUUACAGGCAGCUAACGCAGCCCUCAACACACUCAACAGGGUAAAACACACACAGCUCUACAGGCAGCUAACGCAGCCCUCAACUGGGUAACAAACAAAACACAUACAUGAUUUGAAUCAUGAACUUAAUACAUGACUGGGCUUAAAGGCCAAAUUCAAUCAUAAACGUGAUUUUCCUGUGUUUUAUAUAUAUUUCCACACUAUGAGUUUGGAAUAAUAUUGUGAAAAUGAUGAUAAUGCCCUUUUAGUGUAAGAGCUGUUUGAAAAGACCGCCAGAAAUGUCAGCCUGUUGUGGUGGAACUGAGUUUUGGCCUGCCUGGUGACAUCACCAGGUGGUAGCUUAGUUAAUAGACCAAUAAGAAAGAGAGUUCCAAACCUCUCUGCCAAUAACGGAUAGUCUUCAGUUUUCCCCUCCCCACUCAGACCACUCCGACAGUCCUAUCAAAAUUCUUGCUUGAGAAAUUGCUCUUAGCUAAGAAGUCUUUUUUUUGGAGGGACCAUUUUAAUUGAAAACAAUCACAGUAAGGUACUUAAUUGCUACCCAUUAAAAAGCUCUGACGAAGGCCUUGAGGCCGAUACGUAAAGCUUAAUAAAGAGCAGUUUGUAGGUUUCUUCUUUUUUCUCUCAUGUUAUUCAACUGUUACCAUGCACCUGCAACAAAGAUAGCUCAGAUGUGCGAGUGCCUUUUGAAUUUUAAUACUAAUUGCUACCCAGAAAUUAUUCGAUAUUGAGAUAAAAACAGGUAUAUUGGACCAUUAAUACAUGAUCUUUUUAAUAUAAUGUAAUUCCUAAUAAUGUGUGUGUGUUUCUCCCCCUAGCUGAACCUGACAGAGUUGAGGACGUUCCCUAACCCCCCAGCCAUAGUGACUAACGUGUCUGCUGCUGUCAUGGUGCUACUGGCUCCUCAUGGUAAAUUACCCAAAGACCGCAGCUGGAAGGCAGCAAAAGUUGUCAUGAGCAAGGUCAGUAUGUGUGUGUGUGUUGUCUGUGUGACCGUGUGUGUAAGGAACAUAUCCCAGAGGUCGUCUGUCUGGCCGUCCGUGUGUCUGUGUCACUGUGUGUUAACGGCAGUGUUUCAGAGUGUGUACGCCCGUGUGUGUGUCUAUGCCCAGGUGGAUGACUUCCUACAGGCGUUGGUGAACUUUGACAAGGAGCACAUCCCUGAGGCGACAGUGAGGUGUGUGAGAGAUGAGUUCCUCAGUGACCCAGAGUUUAACCCUGAGUUUGUCAGACUCAAAUCCUCUGCCGCCGCUGGCCUCUGUGCCUGGGUCACCAACAUCAUACGCUUCCACGAGGUACACCACACACACACACUGUAUACAGAUGCACACACACAAACUGAACACGUAACUGCAUGUAUAAUAACCAAAUACAGUCUUACCUCUUGUCCAUUUGAAAAGCAGCAUCUGCUCAAAGCUAGGGAAGAGUAGUGUUCGUUAGCUCGUGUUAUUUUUCUCACAGUGUCCUUUUCCUUUCCUCUCCUACUGCUAUACAUAGAUGUAUGUAAGUAUCUCUCUCACCUAAUACCCUGAGGUUGGCUACCACACUUCUUUUAAGAUACUGUAUUACCCUUUUGGAUGUUUGUAACUUAAACUGAUGUUAUAGUAUGUGAAUUUGUGAGCGUGCUUGUGCAUGUGUGUGUGUUAAUAUGUGUGUUUCCUCUCCAGGUGUUCUGUGAGGUGGAGGUGAAGAAGCUGUGUCUGUCUCAGGCUAAUGCUGACCUGGCUGAGGCUGCAGACAAACUAGAAGCCAUCAGGAAGAAACUAGCUGUGAGUCUCUCUCUCUCUCUCUCUCUCUCUCUCUCUCUCUCUCUCUCUCUCUCUCUCUCUCUCUCUCUCUCUCUCUCUCUCUCUCUCUCUCUCUCUCUCUCUCUCUCUCUCUCUCUCUCUCUCUCUCUCUCUCUCUCUCAUAUUUUCCCUUAACUGUGUGUGUGUUGUAGGAGUUGGACAGUAGUCUGGACACCCUGACGGCUGCGUUUGAGAAGGCUACCUCUGAGAAGCUUCGCUGUCAGGACGAGGUCAACCACACCAACAAGACCAUCGAACUGGCCAAUCGCCUCGUCAAAGGACUUGAGGUGAGGAGCUGGCUGACCAAUAGGAGCUCCGUUUGUUUGUUGUCAUGCUACUUCAGAAGGUUUCCAAACAUUAACAGCACGUUUUUCCAUUGGUGGAUAAUGUUUGUGUGUGUUUCAGUCGGAGAAUGUGCGUUGGGCCCACUCUGUAGCUGGGUACCAUGAGCAGGAGGAGACUCAGUGUGGAGACAUUCUGCUGACUGCAGCCUUCAUCUCCUACGCUGGAUCCUUCUCUAAGAAGUACCGCAGAGAACUCCUGGAGAACCUCUGGAUGCCCUUCCUACGUGGCCAGAAGGUCCUUCUCUCCUCUCAUCUCUUCUCUCUCUCUUAUGCUCCCCCUCUCCUAUUCCCUUCCCUCUCAGAUUCCCAUCCCAAUGACAGAGGGGUUAAAUCCAGUGUGUAUGCUAGCAGACCUCUCCUCCUCUCGUCUCCUCCCUCUCUCAGAUUCCCAUCCCAAUGACAGAGGGGUUAGAUCCAGUGUGUAUGCUGACUGAUGAUGCUACCGUGGCUCAGUGGAACAACGAGGGGUUGCCGGGAGACAAGAUGUCCACUCAGAACGCCACCAUCCUCACCAACUGUGAGCGUAGAGAACGUUUUACACUAUCUACACCUUUAUGUCCAUGCUACAGAUGUAAGAUCUUAACUUGAUCACCCUGAUGCAGGUGAACUUUCCUGCAAUUUGAGAUUUAAAAGGGCUUCUAUAGUUGGUAAUUUCCACUUUGAAAUUUCAGACUGGAUUUUCCCUUACAUAAAUGUCCAUUAAUUAUAAACCUCAUAAUAAUUCACAUUUCCUGUUGCAACAGGAUUAUUAUCCUGCUGUAGCAAACUGGCUCAAAUUAAGAUCCUACAUCUGUAAACGUAUAGCAAUUGCCACAUUAGCUCAUCAAUGUUUGUUCCUUCUUUGUGUGCUCCCAGGUGAACGCUGGCCACUGCUCAUUGACCCCCAACUGCAGGGCAUCAAGUGGAUCAAGAUUCGCUAUGGCAACAGCCUCAAGGUUGUCAGCCUGGGAGAGAAAGGGUGAGAUCGCACUCCUCUCCUCUGUCAUCCCUCCAUCCUACUCUCCCCUCUCCUGAAUGGCUCACCCAAACAGACUUAUCUGUUAAGCUUGCUCUCUCAGUAGGUACAGUGGGGGAAAAAAGUAUUUAGUCAGCCACCAAUUGUGCACGUUCUCUCACUUAAAAAGAUGAGAGAGGCCUGUAAUUUUCAUCAUAGGUACACGUCAACUAUGACAGACAAAAUGAGAAAAAAAAUGCCAGAAAAUCACAUUGUAGGAUUUUUUAUGAAUUUAUUUGCAAAUUAUGGUGGAAAAUAAGUAUUUGGUCAAUAACAAAAGUUUCUCAAUACUUUGUUAUAUACCCUUUGUUGGCAAUGACACAGGUCAAACGUUUUCUGUAAGUCUUCACAAGGUUUUCACACACUGUUGCUGGUAUUUUGGCCCAUUCCUCCAUGCAGAUCUCCUCUAGAGCAGUGAUGUUUUGGGGCUGUCGCUGGGCAACUGUCAGGUGUUGCUGUAGAUUGGUGUGGUGUGGAAUCAGGCGCAGGACGCAGAAGUUAAGUCCAACAAAGACUUUUAGUAGAGCACACAAAAAUACAAUCCAAACAGCCCGGAGGCGAGAAAAGCGCACACAGGCGUAAACAAACGAGCGCACAAAACAUGUGCGAAAAUCCUCUCCUAAAAUAAACAAGGAGGAAAGCUACAAAUAGCGCACCGAAACGGGUAGCGCAACAACACGACAACGGGAACAAUUACACACAACACCUAAACUCACAACAAGGAACUAAAUAGGGUGCUUAAUGAGACAUAACACAAAACAGGUGUGACAAACAGACAAAACCAAUCAAAGAUGAAACAUAGAACGGUGGCAGCUAGUACUCCGGAGACGACGACCGCCGAAACCUGCCCGAACAAGGAGGAGGGGCCGCCUCGGCCGAAACCGUGACAGUACCCCCCCCCUUGACGCGCGGCUCCAGCCGUGCGCCGCCCCCGGCCUCGGGGACGACCAGGAGGACGCGGAGCAGGGCGCGUAGGAUGACCACGAUGGAAUUCGGUCAGAAGGGACGGGUCCAGAAUGUCCCUCCUCGGCACCCAGCACCGCUCCUCCGGGCCGUACCCCUCCCACUCCACGAGAUAUUGGAGACCCCCCAUCCGGCGUCUCGAAUCCAGGAUGGUCCGAACAGUGUACGCCGGAGCCCCCUCGAUGUCCAACGGGGGCGGAGGAGUCUCUUCUAUCUCAAAGUCCUGGAGUGGACCAGCUACCACCGGCCUGAGGAGAGACACAUGGAACGAGGGGUUAAUAUUCUUGUAAUCAAUGGGCAGUUGUAACCGGUAACACACCUCGUUCAAUCUCCUCAGGACUUUAAAAGGCCCCACAAACCGCCAACCCAGCUUCCGGCAGGGCAGGCGGAGGGGCAGGUUUCUGGUUGAGAGCCAGACUCGAUCUCCAGGUGCGUACACUGGCCCCUCACUGCGGUGGAGGUCGGCGCUCGUCUUCUGUCGACGGAUGGCUCGCUGCAGAUGGACGUGUGCAGCGUUCCACGUCUCCUCCGAGCGCCGCACCCACUCAUCCACAGCAGGGGCCUCGAUCUGGCUCUCAUGCCAAGGUGCCAGAACCGGCUGGUACCCUAACACACACUGGAAAGGGGUUAGUUUAGUGGAGGAGUGGCGGAGAGAGUUCUGUGCCAUCUCGGCCCAGGGCACAUAUCUCGCCCACUCCUCCGGCCGGCCCUGACAAUAUGACCUCAGAAACCUACCCACAUCCUGGUUGACUCGUUCGACCUGCCCAUUACUCUCCGGGUGGUAACCCGAGGUAAGACUCACCGAAACCCCCAACCGUUCCAUAAAGGCUCUCCAGACUCUGGAGGUAAACUGGGGGCCUCGAUCAGACACUAUAUCCUCGGGUACCCCGUAAUGCCGGAAGACGUGAGUAAAUAGAGCCUCAGCGGUCUGUAGGGCAGUAGGAAGACCCGGCAUGGGAAGGAGACGACAGGCCUUCGAGAACCGAUCCACAACGACCAGGAUGGUGGUAUUCCCUUGUGAGGAGGGAAGGUCGGUAACAAAAUCCACCGAGAGGUGAGACCAGGGUCGUUGUGGAACGGGCAGGGGUUGUAAUUUACCCCUGGGCAAGUGUCUGGGCGCCUUACACUGGGCACACACUGAGCAGGAGGAGACAUAAAUCCUCACAUCCCUGGCUAACGUUGGCCACCAGUACUUUGUACUAAGGCAGUGCACUGUCCGGCCAAUACCUGGAUGUCCAGAGGAGGGUGACGUGUGAGCCCAAUAAAUCAGCCGAUCCCGGACCUCGAGCGGGACGUACGUCCGACCCACCGGACACUGUGGAGGGCUAGGGUCGGUGCGUAAUGCCCGCUCGAUCUCCGCAUCGACCUCCCAUACCACCGGUGCAACCAGACAAGACUCCGGUAGUAUGGGAGUGGGUUCCACGCACCUCUCCUCCGUGUCAUACCGCCGAGACAGGGCAUCUGCCUUCCCGUUCUGGGACCCAGGGAUGUAAGUGAUCUUGAACACAAACCGGGCGAGAAACAUAGUCCAUCGAGCCUGGCGAGGAUUCAGUCUCCUAGCUGCCCGAAUGUAUUCCAGGUUACGGUGGUCAGUCAGAAUGAGGAAAGGGUGUUGAGCCCCCUCAAGCCAAUGCCUCCACACCUUUAGGGCCUGUACUACGGCUAACAGCUCCCUGUCCCCUACGUCAUAAUUCCGCUCCGCCGGACUGAGCUUCUUAGAAUAAAAAGCACAGGGGCGGAGUUUAGGUGGUGUGCCGGACCGUUGUGAAAGAACUGCCCCGAUACCGGCCUCAGACGCGUCUACCUCUACUUGGAAGGGUAAAGUGGGAUCCGGGUGCGCCAGCACUGGAGCCGAGGUAAACAGGUCCUUCAGUCUCCCAAAAGCCCUGUCCGCCUCAGCCGACCACCGCAAGCGCACAGGACCCCCCUUCAGAAGAGACGUUAUGGGAGCUGCCACCUGUCCAAAACCCCGGAUAAACCUCCGGUAGUAAUUUGCAAAACCCAAGAACCGCUGCACCUCUUUAACCGUAGUUGGGGUUUGCCAAUUACGCACGGCAGACACACGGUCAACCUCUAUUCUCACCCCUGACGCAGACAACUGAUAACCCAAAAAGGAGACUGACUCCUGAAAGAACAGACAUUUCUCGGCUUUGACAUACAGGUCAUGCUCCAACAAUCUCCUCAAUACCCUGCGCACCAGGGCUACAUGCUCGGCCCGAGUAGAACUGUAUACUAGAAUAUCAUCUAUGUACACCACUACUCCCUGCGCCUGCAUGUCCCGGAAAAUCUCAUCUACAAAAGAUUGGAAGACUGAUGGAGCAUUCAUUAAACCAUAUGGCAUGACGAGAUACUCGUAAUGGCCGGAGGUAGUACUAAAUGCUGUCUUCCACUCAUCGCCCUCCCUAAUGCGCACCAAGUUAUAUGCGCUCCUGAGGUCCAAUUUUGUGAAGAACCGUGCCCCGUGUAAGGACUCCGUCAUGGUCGCAAUCAGCGGGAGUGGAUAACUAUAUUUCACAGUCACCUGAUUGAGACCGCGGUAAUCAAUACACGGACGCAAACCUCCAUCCUUUUUCUUCACAAAAAAGAAGCUCGAGGACGCGGGAGAAGUGGAGGGCCGUAUGUAUCCCUGUCUCAGAGACUCGGCAAUGUAUGUCUCCAUUGCCCCUUUCUCCUCCUGUGACAAAGGAUACACAUGUGUCACGAUCGUCGUUACAGGAAGCGGACCAAGGCGCAGCGUGUGAUACAAACAUGACUUUAUAUUAAUUAACGAACAAACCAAAACACGACUCGUGAAGUCCAACGGUUAAACAUACCGAAACGGAACAAAAACCCACAACACCCACAGGAAAACAUACAGAUUAAAUAUGGCUCCCAAUCAGAGAUAACGAGCCGACAGCUGACACUCGUUACCUCCGAUUGGGAGUCAUUGACCAAACAUAGAAAUAAACCCAACAGAAAUACAAACAUAGAAAUACACCCAACGAAUGAACACACCCUGGCUCAAAUUACAGAGUCCCGGAGCCAGAGCGUGACAGUACCCCCCCCCUAAAGGCGCGGACUGCGACCGCGCCUCAAUACGGGCUAAACAAGGGAGGGCUGGGUGGGCAUACCUCCUCGGCGGUGGCUCUGGCUCUGGCCUUGAUCCCCACCUCCUCUCCCACCCCCCAAAGUACCCCUGGUCCUGUCUAGCCCCGCUGGCCGGAGCCGGACUGACGACACGCGCCCCUGGCUUGGUGCGUGGAGGACGAACGGGCCUUACCAGGCUGACGACGCGCACCACUGCCUUGGCGCGGGGAGCAGGAAUGGGCCGGACCGGGCUGACGAAGCGCACCCCUGACUUGGUGCGGAGAGCGGAACCGGGCCGGACAGGGCUGACGAAACGCACCACAGACUUGGUGCGGGGAGCAGGACUGGGCCGGACAGGGCUGACGAAGCGCACCACAGACCUGGUGCGGGGAGCAGGAACGGGCAGAGCCGGGCUGACGAGACGCACCACAGACUUGAUGCGGGGAGCAGGGACAGGCCGGGCUGAACUGGCGACGCGCACCACAGACCUGGUGCGGAGAGCAGGAACGGGCAGAGCCGGGCUGACGAGACGCACCACAGACUUGAUGCGGGGAGCAGGAAUGGGCCGGACUGGACUGACGACGCACACCACUGGCUUGGUGCGGGAAGCUUGGAUGGGCCGGACUGUACUGGGGACACACACCACUGGCCCUACACCGGGAUCUGGAACGGGCCGGACCGGACUGGCAACACACGCCAGUACCUCUCGCCGUGCCUCUACUUCCUCCAUCCCCUCUUUGACCAGUGGCCCCCGUAACCCGGCGGCCUUCUCCGGCAACCCACUGGACCGCUCUAUCGUGGCCUCCUGCUGGUCCGCCGUCGUGAGCCCCCCCCUAAAAAUUUUCGGGGCGUCUCUCCUACCCGUGGCCCAGGUCUCCAUGUCCCUCGCCAGCUUCUCGCCCUUCUGCCAUAAUGUCAAGCCCCUCUCUUCCUCACUCGGCUUGACCCAGUCCAGGAGGCGAAGGAGAUCUGUGAGGGAUCUCCCCGGCGAUGGCUCCUGGACACGCUGCUUGGUCCCAUCUUGGUGGGUUUUUCUGUCACGAUCGUCAUUACAGGAAGCGGACCAAGGCGCAGCGUGUGAUACAAACAUGACUUUAUAUUAAUUAACGAACAAACCAAAACACGACUCGUGAAGUCCAACGGUUAAACAUACCGAAACGGAACAAAAACCCACAACACCCACAGGAAAACAUACAUAGAAAUACACCCAACGAAUGAACACACCCUGGCUCAAAUUACAGAGUCCCGGAGCCAGAGCGUGACAACAUGGCUCCGCGGGAGCGCAGCUCCUGCCUGGAGGUCUAUCGCACAAUCCCACUGUCUAUGAGGCGGCAACCGUGCCGCUCUAGUCUUACUAAACACGAGUGCCAAAUCCUCAUACUCAGGCGGAAUGUGCAGUGCUGGCAUCUGGUUCGGACUUUCCACCGAAGUCGCCCCUACGGAAACACCCAGACAUAGCCCCUCACACUGAGCAGACCACCCUUUAAGAGCCUUCUCUCGCCACGAAAUCGUAGGAUCAUGGGUAAUCAACCAGGGAAGCCCCAGUACCACCGGAUACGCAGGAGAGUCGAUCAGAUAGAGUUGAAUCGUCUCCUCAUGACCCCCCUGCGUCUUCAUCCUAAGUGGCGCCGUGACAUCCCUAAUCAACCCAGAUCCCAACGGACGACUAUCUAGGGCAUGUACAGGGAAAGGCUUAUCAACUGGAAGGAGGGGAAUCCCUAACUCAACACAGAAUUUACGAUCUACAAAAUUCCCAGCUGCGCCUGAAUCGACUAGCGCCUUAUGCUGGGAACGAGGUGCAACCUGUGGAAAACAAACAGGUAUAGUUAUGUGUACGACAGAAAGCUCUGGGUAAGUAGGGCGCCUACUCCCCAAUGUGUGACCUGCCGUUUCCCUCACCAGGGGACCCUCCCCAGCACCUAGCCGCGGUGUGCCCUCCGCGGCCACAGUUGGUGCAGGAGACCACCCCCCUCGGGCUCCUUCUUCUCCCCCCUCUAGCGCCAGCACCUCCGAGCUCCAUCGGGCUCGGCUCGGAGGCGCUGGAGGGUGGAAUGGGCGACCCCCACCUGGGACGUCCGCGGGUCGCGAGCAGGGUGUCCAGCCGAAUGGCCAUGUCCACCAACUGGUCAAAUGAUAGUGUAGUAUCCCUGCACGCUAACUCUCUGCGGACGUCCUCCCGAAGGCUGCAUCUAAAGUGGUCUAUGAGGGCCCGCUCAUUCCACCCUGCAUCUGCCGCUAGAGUCCGGAACUCCAGCGCAAACUCUUGAGCGCUCCUCAUCCCCUGCCGGAGGUAGAAUAGACGCUCCCCCCGCCGCCUUCCCUUCUGGUGGAUGGUCGAAGACCGCACGGAAGCGGCGGGAGAACUCCGCAUAGGUGACAGUGGCGGCGUCUAUUCUCCUCCAUUCGGCGUUGGCCCACUCCAACGCCUUGCCGGUGAGACAGGAGAUGAGGGCGGAAACGCUCUCGUGUCCCGAGGGCGCCGGGUGUACGGUGGCAAGGUAGAGUUCCACCUGUAACAGGAACCCCUGACACCCGGCAGCGGUGCCGUCGUACGCCCUCGGGAGCGAGAGCCGAAUCCCACUGGGUUCCGGUUGUUGGACGGGCGGGCUGACCGAUGGUGAUGGUGCGGUAGGUGGAGGUGUGGGUACCUCGCUGGUCUCCCAUCGAUGGAGAAUGUUCAUCACCCGGUCCAGGGCGUGCCCGAUCUGGUUAAUCCGAUCGUCUUGACCACGGAGACGCUCCUCCAUGAUGUCGGUGGGUGCUCCUGCUGAUUCCAUGCGAUGGUGUGUAAUUCUGUCAGGUGUUGCUGUAGAUUGGUGUGGUGUGGAAUCAGGCGCAGGACGCAGAAGUUAAGUCCAACAAAGACUUUUAGUAGAGCACACAAAAAUACAAUCCAAACAGCCCGGAGGCGAGAAAAGCGCACACAGGCGUAAACAAACGAGCGCACAAAACAUGUGCGAAAAUCCUCUCCUAAAAUAAACAAGGAGGAAAGCUACAAAUAGCGCACCGAAACGGGUAGCGCAACAACACGACAACGGGAACAAUUACACACAACACCUAAACUCACAACAAGGAACUAAAUAGGGUGCUUAAUGAGACAUAACACAAAACAGGUGUGACAAACAGACAAAACCAAUCAAACAUGAAACAUAGAACGGUGGCAGCUAGUACUCCGGAGACGACGACCGCCGAAACCUGCCCGAACAAGGAGGAGGGGCCGCCUCGGCCGAAACCGUGACAGCAACACGGACUUUCAACUCCCUCCAAAGAUUUUCUAUGGGGUUGAGAUCUGGAGACUGGCUAGGCCACUCCAGGACCUUGAAAUACUUAUUACGAAGCCACUCCUUCGUUGCCCGGGCGGUGUGUUUGGGAUCAUUGUCAUGCUGAAAGACCCAGCCACGUUUCAUCUUCAAUGCCCUUGCUGAUGGAAGGAGGUUUUCACUCAAAAUCUCAAGAUACAUGGCCCCAUUCAUUCUUUCCUUUACACGGAUCAGUCGUCCUGGUCCCUUUGCAGAAAAACAGCCCCAAAGCAUGAUGUUUCCACCCCCAUGCUUCACAGUAGGUAUGGUGUUCUUUGGAUGCAACUCAGCAUUCUUUGUCCUCCAAACACGACGAGUUGAGUUUUUACCAAAAAGUUCUAUUUUGGUUUCAUCUGACCAUGUGACAUUCUCCCAAUCCUCUUCUGGAUCAUCCAAAUGCACUCUAGCAAACUUCAGACGGGCCUGGACAUGUACUGGCUUAAGCAGGGGGACACGUCUGGCACUGCAGGAUUUGAGUCCCUGGCGGCGUAGUGUGUUACUAAUGGUAGGCUUUGUUACUUUGGUCCCAGCUCUCUGCAGGUCAUUCACUAGGUCCCCCCGUGUGGUUCUGGGAUUCUUGUGAUCAUUUUGACCCCACGGGGUGAGAUCUUGCGUGGAGCCCCAGAUCGAGGGAGAUUAUCAGUGGUCUUGUAUGUCUUCCAUUUCCUAAUAAUUGCUCCCACAGUUGAUUUCUUCAAACCAAGCUGCUUACCUAUUGCAGAUUCAGUCUUGCCAGCCUGGUGCAGGUCUACAAUUUUGUUUCUGGUGUCCUUUGACAGCUCUUUGGUCUUGGCCAUAGUGGAGUUUGGAGUGUGACUGUUUGAGGUUGUGGACAGGUGUCUUUUAUACUGAUAACAAGUUCAAACAGGUGCCAUUAAUACAGGUAACUAGUGGAGGACAGAGGAGCCUCUUAAAGAAGAAGUUACAGGUCUGUGAGAGCCAGAAAUCUUGCUUUUUUGUAGGUGACUGUCACGAUCGUCAGGGUAAGGAGUAGACCAAGGCGCAGCGUUGCAGGCAAACAUACUCGUUUAUUAGCGAAACGUGAUGAAAACAACAAAAGACGGUAACGUGACAGUACACGGUAAAACACAACCAACUUGAAACAAGAACCCACAAAACAAAAAGGAAACCCGACAGUUUAAAUAUGGCUCCCAAUCAGAGACAACCAGCAAACAGCUGACACUCGUUGCCUCUGAUUGGGAGUCACUCAGGCCAACAUAGAAAAACACAACCUAGAACACCCAACAUAGAAACAGAACACAUAGAAUAAACACACCCUGGCUCAACAAAUAGAGUCCCAGAGCCAGGGUGUGACAGUGACCAAAUACUUAUUUUCCACCAUAAUUUGCAAAUAAAUUCAUUAAAAAUCCUACAAUGUGAUUUUCUGGAAAACAACUGCUCAAUUUUUCUGUCAUAGUUGACGUGUACCUAUGAUGAAAAUUACAGGCCUCUCUCAUCUUUUUAAGUGGGAGAACUUGCACAAUUGGUGGCUGACUAAAUACUUUUUUUCCCCACUGUAUGUAGGUAUGUUUGAUGUGUUCUACCUAAGGCCCAUUUUCCCAGGUAUGUGGAUGUGAUAGAGCAGGCAGUGGUGACAGGAGACACUGUUCUCAUAGAGAAUCUGGAGGAGACCAUCGACCCUGUCAUAGACCCUCUACUGGGACGACACACCAUCAAGAAGGGCAGGUAACAUAUACUCACACUCACACACACACACACACACACACACACACACACACACACACACACACACACACACACACUCACACACACACACGCACACACACACACACACACACACCACAUCAUCAAAAAGGGCUGGUAAUACACACUCCUCCUCUCACCCUCUCCCUCUCUCUCCACCAGUUGUAUAAAGGUGGGGGAUAAAGAGUGUUUCUUCCACCCAGCGUUCAGACUGAUCCUCCACACUAAGCUGGCUAACCCCCACUAUAAGCCUGAGAUCCAGGCACAGACCACCCUCAUCAACUUCACUGUUACAAGAGACGGCCUGGAGGACCAGCUGCUGGCCCAGGUGGUCAAUCUGGAGAGGCCCGAUCUCGAGCACCUCAAGGUGGGAUAGAUGGCUAUGUCCCCUGUCCUUUCUGGCACUCUCAGCCUCUUCCUUCUUGACCUCAUAUGGUUACAACGUGUUCACAAAAUGACACUUGAAGUUUGGUUGUGGUUGGUUUCUGCAUAGUUGUGAUCCUGUAUGGCUCAGUUGGUAGAGCAGGGUGCUUAUAACACCAGGGUUGUGGGUUUGAAUCCUGGGGCCACCCACAUGUAAAAUGUAGGCAUGAAAUGAUGGUAAGUUGCUUUGGAUAAAAGUGUCUGCUAAAUGAUUUAUAUUAUUAAAGUUUGUUUAUAAUGGUUGUAGUUAUGUUGGGGUUGUGUUGUGGUUGUAUAAUGGUUGCAGAGUGACCUGACCAAGCAGCAGAACCUGUUUAAGAUCGAGCUGAAGCUGUUGGAGGAUGAACUGCUGGGGCGUCUCUCUGCUGCUGAGAGCAACUUCCUAGGAGACAACGUCCUGGUGGAGAAACUAGAGACCACCAAACACACGGCCGCAGAGAUCGAGAUGAAGGUGAGAGAGAGAGAGAGAGAGAGAGAGAGAGAGAGAGAGAGAGAGAGAGAGAGAGAGAGAGAGAGAGAGAGAGAGAGAGAGAGAGAGAGAGACUCACAGAUAGUUUCUUCCUGAUGGCUUCUAGUUUGUCUGCAGCCUCAGCCAGGUCAGCAUUACAGAGAGAGAGAGAGAGAGAAAUGAGACAGAUAAAUAGCUAAACUGUGCUGAUCGAUAAUAUGCUGUUUUGGGAUGUAGGUUCUGGAGGCGAAGGUGAACGAGGUGAAGAUCAACGAGGCUAGAGAACACUACCGCCCCGUAGCGGUCAGAUCCUCUCUGCUCUACUUCAUCAUGAAUGACCUCAACAAGAUCAACCCCAUGUACCAGUUCAGCCUCAAGGUUACCAACAGCACUUUGUAUUUCAUUUAACCUUUAUUUAUACAGGUAAUUCGAGACCUGUCCGAAUGGACCAGUACAGACCAGAUAACAAAUAGAUUAUAGCUUUCUUGCUGAUCUAGGCUUAUCUUUCUCUUUUACUGUCUCCCUCUAACUCCCUCCCUGUAGGCGUUUAACGUGGUGUUCCACAAGGCGGUGGAGCAGGCAGAGGUGUGUGAGGACGUGAGGAGCAGAGUUAACACUCUAAUAGACGACAUCACCUACUCCACCUUCAACUACAUCAGCAGAGGCCUGUUUGAGAGAGACAAACUCACCUUCACUGCUCAACUCGCCUUCCAGGUGUGUGUGUGUGUGGGGGAGAGGGGGCUGUGUGUGUGUCUGUGUGUUUUCCUAGUUCUAACAGUGUGUUCCCUGUUCUCCAGUUGUUGCUGAUGAGUAAGGAGAUAGAUGUACGAGAACUAGAUUUCCUACUCCGCUUCAACAUCGACCACAGCUACAUCUGUCCUGUAGAUUUCCUCUCCAACCAGGCCUGGAGUGCCAUAAAGGUACACACACACACACACACACACACACACACACACACACACACACUCUCACUCUCACACUCAUACUCAAACACACAAACAUGCAUUUCCCCUCUUCUCCUCUAGACAAUGAGUUUCACUGAUGAGUUUCGUGGUUUGGACCGGGACAUCGAGGGCUCCCCUAAACGCUGGAAAAAGGUGGUAGAGUCCGAGUGUCCGGAGAAAGAGAAGUUUCCUCAAGAGUGGAAAACAAAAAGUUCCCUACAGAAACUCAUCAUGAUGAGAGCCCUGAGGCCUGAUAGGAUGACUUACGCUGUCAGGUGACCGCACUCUAACAAUACCCACCACCUCCCAACACACACAGGAUAGUUGAAGGCACAUAAUGUACCUUAUCUCCCCUCCUGUCCUUUUUACUCCUUACUGCCGCCUUCUCUCCUCUUCUCUCCCUCUCCUCUUCUCUCCUCUUCUCUCCCUCUCCUCUUCUCUCCUCUUCUCUCCCUCUUCUCUCCUUCUCCUCUUCUCUCCUCUUCUCUCCCUCUUCUCUCCUUCUCCUCUUCUCUCCUCUUCUCUCCCUCUCCUCUUCUCUCCCUCUCCUCUUCUCUCCCUCUCCUCUUCUCUCCUCUUCUCUCCCUCUUCUCUCCUUCUCCUCUUCUCUCAUCUUCUCUCCCUCUCCUCUUCUCUCCUCUUCUCUCCCUCUCCUCUUCUCUCCCUCCAUCCCCAUCUUUUAUAUGUCUCUGGCAAAUUAUAAUGACGAUCAAUCUCCCUCCACAUACCCUCCCCUCGCUCUCGCGCACUCUCUUUCUGUCUGUAGGAACUUUGUGGAGGAGAAGUUGGGGGUGAAGUAUACAGAGGGGAGGAAGACAGAGUUUGCUAAGUCCUUCAGAGAGAGUGGACCUGCCUCGCCUGUAUUCUUCAUCCUGUCUCCUGGAGUAGACCCUCUCAAAGACGUGGAGUCACUGGGUAACACUAAGACAACUAAUUUUGUAAUGUAAAGAUCACUGUAAAUCUGCAUGAAUAUGACACACACACACACACUGAGAAAAUAUUGUUUCCAUGGUAACAGGCAGGAAGUUGGGGUUCACCAUAGACCUGGGGAAACUCCACAAUGUGUCUUUGGGUCAGGGUCAGGAGGCUGUGGCUGAGGUCGCCAUGGAGAUGGCUGCUAAGGAGGGACACUGGGUCAUUUUACAGGUAUGGCUAUCCUGCUAUAUACUGUACAUAAAACAUAAUACAUUCAUUCAUCAUUGCAUCCAUCCAUCCUUCCAUCCAUUCAUUGUUUCAUUAAUCAAUUUAUUAGUUUGUUCGCGCUUACAUUUGUUCAUCCAUCCAUCCAUUCAUCCAUUCAUCCAUUCAUUCAUUCAUUCAUUCAUUCAUUCAUUCAUUCAUCUCUGUCAGAAUAUCCACCUGGUGGCUCGCUGGCUGGGGUCGUUGGAGAAGCUUCUGGAACGCUGCUGUGAGGGCAGUCACCAGGACUACAGAGUGUUUAUGAGUGCUGAGCCUGCCCCCACACCACAGGAGCACAUCAUCCCUCAGGUACACACACACACACACAUACACACACAUACAUUUAUAAUAACACGGUGUGUUUUCCUAAUUUAAAAGUGUGUUUGUUCUCCUCUCCUCACUCAGGGCAUCCUGGAGAAUGCCAUCAAGAUCACCAACGAGCCUCCCACUGGCAUGCAUGCCAACCUUCAUGCUGCUCUGGACAACUUCGACCAGGUACAGGAAUGUGUGUAUUAAUGUCUGUCUGUCCACUGGUGUUAGGGAUGGGCAAUUGAAAUUAUUGUUCAAAAUAAUCUCAUCAAAUGUUUGAUUCACACUUUAUAAUAAUGUCCAGUAAUAGAUCAUUUAUAAGGCUAUUAUAAACAGUUCUCACUAUUUACUAAUUGCUGUUUCUACAUUUGCAAAUGUUAGUAAGCUAUACAUAGUUAUUUAUAAACUUUCAAAUGAAUUAUUGGAUAAUUUAUUAGAUGUUUAAUAUAGACCCUUAUAAAACAUUUACUAAUCAUUAGUAAAGUACAGUGGUGUAAAGUAACUAAGUAAAAAUACUUUGAAGUACUACUUUGAGGUAUCUGUACUUUACUUGAGUUUUUAUAUUUUUUACAACUUUUACUUCUACUUGACUACAUUCUGAAAUAAAUGAUGUGCUCGUUACAUUUCUAAUGCUCAGGCAGGACAGCAAAACGGUCAAAUUCAUGUACUUAUUAAGAAAAAUGCAUCCCUACUGCCUCUGAUCUGGUUUGUAAAAGAUUGUUGAACUGUGUCCCUGGAUUCCCAUAAAUAAAUAAAAAAUAAAGGCAAUUAGUCCUAAUAUGGGAAUUUGCAUAUAUAGCCUUUUGCUUUCUCACUUUUGAUACUUAAGUACAAUAUAAAACCAAUACUUUAGGAACUUUUUAGUGAAGUUUUUUACGCUGAGUGACUUUCAUCCUUUUACUUGAGGUCUUUUCCUUUACUUUUACUCAUUUUACAGGUAAGCAGCACGGCUUGGCAGCUCAUGCAAGGUGUCCACCUCAGAGAGACCGCCUCGCGGCACGCAAUGUAG